AUGGAGAGGCAGUGUACUACGGACAGGCAGGAGAAAACCCAGCCACACUGGAGAGGAGCUUACUCAGGUACUGUCCAGAUAUUAUUGUUGAGUGUUUUCUUUUAAUAACCUCAAAAACACACACACUGUCAAAUAUAUCCAGUAAUAGAUGCUCUCUGUUGUAAAGAGUAGUUUUGUGAAGAUGGGUUUUAAAUUGUGAGUCUUGAGACAGAAUAACGUGUGUAUGGUAUGUUGUAUGUGUAGGCCCCCACAGUGCUUUAUGGGGGUCCAUAGUGCAUCAGCACAGCACACAUUGUACAGUUCGGUAGUAGGGUAUAGGCCUGAUGACAAGUGAUCUGUUUAUCAUGUGUAGAAUCAGCCGAGCCUCUCACUAGUGAUUCUCAUGAAACCAGUUUUAACCAUGUUAAAAAAAAACAUGUUGCAUCUGCAACAAUAAACUAUCAUUCUGAAGACUAAGAUGCUUAGUUUAUGGCACAGUGUCUUAUUUUAAAUACAUUUUACAUUUUCGGCAGAUUAUUAUUAUUUUCCCCCAAAUUCUCAUUACCGAAAUGUGUCUGGAUUAAAUUCUUGGGUCAUUUUAUACAAUUUUACUUAAGAAAAACCAAACUAAUUUGAAUAAAAACCCAAAAUAUGUUCCUGUUUGUCCAUAAAUCAUAAAAAUUGUAUACUAGUUGAAGUUUAUAUUAAACUGUAAUAUUUAUUACAUUAAAGCACAGUGUCUGUGGACAUGUUUCUCAUUACUGCAUCAUUUUUAGGUCCAUUUCGGUAAUGGGAACCUUCAUUUCGAUAAUGAUAAUAAGCUAAUUCUAAUGUAUAUUAAAUGGAUGUGCUGUGCUGGUCCACUGUUUACACCUAUUGUGUGUAUAUACAGUGAGGGGAAAAAAGUAUUUGAUCCCCUGCUGAUUUUGUAAGUUUGCCCACUGACAAAGAAAUGAUCAGUCUAUAAUUUUAAUGGUAGGUUUAUUUGAACAGUGAGAGACAGAAUAACUACAAAAAAAUCCAGAAAAACGCAUGUCAAAAAUGUUAUAAAUUGAUUUGCAUUUUAAUGAGGGAAAUAAGUAUUUGACCCCUCUGCAAAACAGUACUUGGUGGCAAAACCCUUGUUGGCAAUCACAGAGGUCAGACGUUUCUUGUAGUUGGCCACCAGGUUUGCACACAUCUCAGGAAGGAUUUUGUCCCACUCCUCUUUGCAGAUCUUCUCCAAGUCAUUAAGGUUUCGAGGCUGACGUUUGGCAACUCGAACCUUCAGCUCCCUCCACGGAUUUUCUAUGGGAUUAAGGUCUGGAGACUGGCUAGGCCACUCCAGGACCUUAAUGUGCUUCUUCUUGAGCCACUCCUUUGUUGCCUUGGCCGUGUGUUUUGGGUCAUUGUCAUGCUGGAAUACCCAUCCACGACCCAUUUUCAAUGUCCUGGCUGAGGGAAGGAGGUUCUCACCCAAGAUUUGACGGUCGUGGAUGGGAGAGGAUAGGAGAAGAGAGGAGAGGAUGGAGAAAUGUUCAGAGGCUGUCAAGUAUGCUUGUCAAUAAUGCAGCAACUCUGCUCUGCAUUUUGCUGACUGAACAUUUAAUUUAAUUUGACACACACAGCAGUAUAUGGGAUAACACCACAGCUCUCAGGUGGUUUGCAUGUAAUUUGCCCUGAAGGACAUGAUUAUGUGGGUAUUUCUCCAUACAAAACAUAUCACUGAUUCAAACAUCCACACUAUGCUAGGCACAGUUACUGUGUCAGACACCUUCAUCAGAGCUUUGUAUAGUCACUUGUGGGUUGCCUCUCUCGGUCCCCAACCCUCCAGUGGGUGUGUUUUCACGGCUGCUAUGGCAACACAGCCCCCUCUUGGGGAAACAAUAGCCGUGUGUAAGUCACGUGCUGGUGUGGGAUGGAGGGGUCAUAGUUGAGUGGGAUGGGUUGAAUGUCUGAUGGAUCGGUAAUUCUUUGGAUAAGCUGCUUGUAUGUAUGUAUGUAUGUAUGUAUGUAUGUAUGUAUGUAUGUAUGUAUGUAUGUAUGUAUGUAUGUAUGUAUGUAUGUACUGCUCACUGUACUACUCACUGCCCUGGAUAGGAAACACACUUUCUACAAUCUACACUAAAAUGUGUGUGUGUGUGUGUGUGUGUGUGUGUGUGUGUGUGUGUGUGUGUGUGAACAGCUGGCAAGCCUGGCAUGAGGAGUCCAGAUGGUGGGUGGAGAAAGCCCUCUUUAAUCCCUGCGGCAGGAUAUCACGCACGCACGCACACACACACACACACACACACACCCCUCCAUGGCCCCACACUAAGCAUAUCCACUCUUCCCCUAAAUACUCAAUAUUCACUUUCUAUGGCAGUUUCCACUGUACUGUACCAUCGAGAAUGUCCGGUUGAUGUUAGUGUUAGACUUCAGAAUCCUGACUGUUACUGUUGUAACGGCAAACAUUGCGAAGUGGGUGCUGUUUGUGGUUAAAAUAAAGAAAGAUCAGACUUGCAUGUGUGUGUGGGCCUAUCAUUGUUUUACUAGCAUGGCUGUUUUCCCUUUAAUCAUUUAUGUGCAUAUGAAAUUGCUCUGGUGAGUGUCUUAGCUCUCCCUAGUGAGGAUGCCCUACAUAUCAGCCUAACUAAUUAGAAUUAAAUCUCAGAGGGAUGGAAUAUUAUUUUAUUUCCAAACAAAUAAAAUAAUAACUCUCUCCCCUCAUGUGAACCAGAGGAUCAGAAUUGCCCCAAAUAUGCAUAUAGCUGCUGUCCAGAAUCCUAUAAAAGCUACACAAGAGAUUCCAGAAUUCGAAGCUCUCGCUCUGUCUGUCUGUCUCUCUCUCUCUCUCUGUCUGUCAGUCUCUCUGUCUCUCUAUUCUAUUCAAUUCAAUUCAAUUCAAUAGACUUUAUUGACAUGGCAAGUUAAAUUACUUACAUUGUCAAAGUAUACAUAUAAAAAAAAUGGUGGGACCAACAGCAAUAAUAAUAGAAGUAGUGGAAAUGGGAUUACCAUUAACAGCAACUACAACAACAAUAUUAAUGAGAAUAACAAUAAAUUAAAGCAAUCGUAGUCGACCAGUCUCAACAUGACUGAGAAGACACAUUACAUGGUAUAAAAGCCAAAACAAAACAGGAAAUAUUAUUGACAUUACAUCACUUUUCACUGGCUGUCCCUCAGGUUUUGGUAGGAGGACACAUAUUUGGCUGCCAAAAUUGCACAUUUUGGCUUUUCACCCAAUAAAUAUUUGAUUUUUUCUUCCUCUUUUAUAGUUUCAAAUUCUUUGUACUGAAUGAUAAUUUUGGGAAAGAAAGAUUCUCUUAGGUCUGAGUAUUUGUCACAGUGUAAUAGGAAAUGCAGCUCUGUCUCUACCUCUCCCCGGGGGCAGAGAGAGCACAGCCUGUCCUCUCUGGGCAGCCAGGUUUGCCUGUGACAACUGGUCUCUAUAGUCAGAAUGUGCUCACUGAAUCUGUUUUCCUCCGUUUUCUGUCAGUCACAGUGGUCAGAUAGUCCCGUGUAGCUCAGUUGGUUGAGCAUGGCGCUUGCAACGCCAGGGUUGUGGGUUUGAUUCCCACGGGGGACCAGUAUGAAAAUGUAUGCACUCACUAACUGUAAGUCGCUCUGGAUAAGAGUGUCUGCUAAAUGACUAAAAUGUAAAUGUGCUGUCUGUUUAGAGCCUCUCUGUCUCCUAUUCAAUAAAUCAUUGAUCUCUAUAAACUACUCCAGGCUGGUUCCUCUUGCCCCUGUUCUUUCCAUGUUGGGUGUGUCCUCUACGUUAUAGUAAACUUUAUAUAUUAGCAUUUGGUCUUGUCAUUGCAGAAAAGAAAGGCAAGCCCAGCUGUUUCCAGUCCAAGAACACUGAUGAGGAGGCCUGUGUCGGGGUGAAGAUCGAACACACUAAAGGUGGACUUCACCACUUUCUCACUCUCAAUAUCAUUAUCUCCUCUUUUAAUCUUGCUAUCUCUUAUCUCCCCUCUCUACUACAAUUAUUUUCUGUUCAUUAGCUACUGUUGUCUACUGUACUAAAAGAGGUUAACUAUUUAACAUUUUGAGAAAUAACAGGCCCUAUAGUGCUGUGUAGAUGUGAGCAUGGUGUACUGCUCAUUGUACUGUGGUUUCCUUCGCUAAAAGCUCUUUCCUCCUUCCUUCCCCCAGCCCGAGGUGAUAACACUGUCAGUGCUUCUUAGUUUAACCAAGUGUAGUUGUGUGGUGUUAAGACAAUGCUGCAUGUGAGCAUGGGUGUGUGAGGACAGAGUGUAUGUGUGUGUGGGACAGAGUGUAUGUGUGUGUGGGGACAGUGUAUGUGUGUGUGGGGACAGAGUGUAUGUGUGUGUGGGGACAGUGUAUGUGUGUGUGGGGACAGAGUGUAUGUGUGUGUGGGGACAGAGUGUAUGUGUGUGUGGGGACAGAGUGUAUGUGUGUGUGGGGACAGAGUGUAUGUGUGUGUGGGGACAGAGUGUAUGUGUGUGUGGGGACAGAGUGUAUGUGUGUGUGAGGACAGAGUGUAUGUGUGUGGGGACAGAGUGUAUGUGUGUGUGGGGACAGAGUGUAUGUGUGUGUGGGGACAGAGUGUAUGUGUGUGUGGGGACAGAGUGUAUGUGUGUGUGAGGACAGAGUGUAUGUGUGUGUGGGGACAGAGUGUAUGUGUGUGUGGGGACAGAGUGUAUGUGUGUGUGGGGACAGAGUGUAUGUGUGUGUGGGGACAGAGUGUAUGUGUGUGUGGGGACAGAGUGUAUGUGUGUGUGGGGACAGAGUGUAUGUGUGUGUGGGGACAGAGUGUAUGUGUGUGUGGGGACAGAGUGUAUGUGUGUGUGGGGACAGAGGUGUCAUCACACACAUUCAUACUGUGCUACAUAGUCCUUUUUGUUUAGGGCAGAGAGAAAAUGAAAGCAAUAGUGGUCCCAUCCAGAUUAGAUGUGCGGAGGGCAGUGGAAUGCAUGCUAGACUGUAGAAACGCUCCCCUCGGCAGCACACAGGUUCACAGACAGAGUGUGUGUGUGUGGCUUAGAGCAGUAAUGAUGUAUGAGUCUCUCCCUUCUGUGCCACACUUUCUCUGUCUUUUUCCAUCUACCCUCCUCCCUCUCUUCUCAUCUACCAGUCUAACCCCCUUUCUCUCUACAUUCGUCUGUCCUUUCCCUCUUUUAAUUGUAUUUCUACUUUUUCCCCUGUGCUUAUCUGCCCUCCCUCCCUCCCUCCCUCCCUCCCUCCCUCCCUCCCUCCCUCUCUUCCAUUUUUUCCCCAGUGAGGGUAGCCUAUCAUCUAAAAUUGGGCUGUGAAUUAGUGGAUGAGGGGAGGGUUAAUCUGAAGAAGGUCUGGGUGGUUCAACACAGCCACUUAAUCCCAGGCCUUACUGUAAAUCCUCCUGUCUGUCUCUCUUUCUGUCUGUUGUAGUGGGUCAUCUGGUCUCCGUGUCUCUGGGAGUUCAGUAUGUAACUAUUACUCUAACACUGGGUUUAACUCUCCUUUUCACUACAAGGUGAUUCCACGCCAGCGUAGUCUGAAAAUAUCUCUGAUUGUUCUGGCAAUUCUCACAUAGUAACUUCAUUUGGAGGAACAAACCCUUUUUGAGAAAAUCAUGAUGAAAGUGGCAAUUUUAGGCCCUUUUUAGACCUAUACAUGCCUCCUGUAAGACCCUAUGAUCCGUGAACAGACAACAUAUUAGUGUCAUGAUACUCCUUAUAGUGUUCUCUCAAAUAUGGAGUAUGUCUAGAUUCUGAAAUAAAACCUUUCACAUUAAUUUAUUAAACAUUAAAAAUAUUAAUAUUAAUAUCUCAAAACUACUGUUUUUGAUUUUGCUUAUUUGUAGACAUAUUUUUUGUAAUAAUAUACUCUUCAAACACGUCAAAUUUCCAGAGUACCUUUUAAUGGCCAGGUAGCAGAUAAUGCAAAAUGUUGCAGGUUUUUAGGCAAUGUUUUCUUUUUUUGAGUCUUGAGGUCAAAAACAUUGUUAACCGGGAGUGUCUCCUUGGUAAUAAUAUAGUAGCUACCAUAGUAUUAAAGCUAUGCAUUAAGAAAGCAUGUAAUGAGAUACCUGCAGAGAGGAAUCCCUACUGGUCAGACUGGUUAAUAAAGUGAUGGAAGGAAAUGCCUGCCAUUCCCUCCAUUCUCCAAAAGCUGAUGUCAAAGGGUGUGGGUGUGUGUGUGUGUGUGUUCAUUCAAAAUGUAUAUGCAUACAACAGAACAGUAGAUGUGUUAAACUGCCCAUGUAUGUGUGUGUUAGAAUAGAAUGCUGGUUUCCUGUGCGAUACAGUAGGUUCUGUCAUGAGCUGAUUGUUAGAAUCUGAGAACCUGAUAUACUGUGUGUGCGUGCUCCAUAAUGACAAAGUAAAAACAGGUUUUUACACAUUUUUGCUAAUGUAUUAAAAAUAAAAAAACUGAAAUAUCACAAUUUAUCACAAGUAUUCAGUACUUUGUUGAAGCACCUUUGGCAGCGAUUACAGCUUUGAGUCUUCUGGGGUAUGACACUACAAGCUUGGCACACCUGUAUUUCGGAGUUGCACAGCCAUUUUCAGGUCUCUCCAGAGAUGUUAAAUCGUGUUCAAGUCCGGGCUCUGGCUGGGCCACUCAAAGACAUUAAGAGACUUGUCCCGAAGCCACUCCUGCGUUGUCUUGGCUGUGUGCUUAGGGUUGUUGUCCUGUUGGAAGGUGAACCGUCGCCCCAGUCUGAGGUCCUGAGCGCUCUGGAGCAGGUUUUCAUCAAGGAUCUCUCUGUACUUUGCUCCGUUCAUCUUUCCCUCAAUCCUGACUAGUCUCCGUUGAAAAACAUCCCCACAGCAUGAUGCUGCCACCACCAUGCUUCACCGUAGGGAUGGUGCCACGUUUCCUCCAGACUUGACACUUGGCAUUCAGGCCAAAGAGUUCAAUCUUGGUUUCAUCAGACCAGAGAAUCUUGUUUCUCAUGGUCUGAGAGUCCUUUAAGUGCCUUUUGGCAACCUCCAAGCGGGCUGUCAUGUGCCUUUUGCUGAGGAGUGGCUUCCGUCUGGCCAGUCUACCAUAAAGGCCAACUGAGAUUUAUUCCUGAUUAUUAUUUGACCAUGCUUGUCACUUAUGAACAUUUUUGAACAUCUUGGCAUGGUUCUGUUAUAAUCUCCACCCGGCACAGCCAGAAGAGGACUGGCCACCCCUCAUAGCCUGGUUCCUCUCUAGGUUUCUUCCUAGGUUUUCGCCUUUCUAGGGAGUUUUUCCUAGCCACCGUGCUUCUACACCUGCAUUACUAGCUGUUUGGGGUUUUAGGCUGGGUUUCUGUACAGCACUUCGAGAUAUUAGCUGAUGUAAGAAGGGCUAUAUAAAAUAAAAUUGAUUGAUUGAUUGAUUGGUGGAGUGCUGCAGAGAUGGUUAUCCUUCUGGAAGGUUCUCCCAUCACCACAGAGGAACUCUGGAGCUCUGUCAGAGUGACCAUCGGAAGAAUCUUAGUGAUUCCAAACUUCUUCCAUUUAAGAAUGAUGGAGGCCACUGUGUUCUUGGGGACCUUCAAUGCUGCAGACAUUUUUUAGUAGCCUUCCCCAGAUCUGUUCCUCGAUACAGUCCUGUCUCGGAGCUUUACGGACAAUUCCUUCGACCUUCGUUUUUGCUCAGACAUGCACUGUCAACUGUGGAACUUUAUAUAGACAGGAGUGUGCCUUUCCGAAUCAUGUCCAUUCAAUUGGAUUUACCACAGGUGUACUCCAAUCAAGUUGUAGAAACAUCUCAAGGAUGAUCAAUGGAAACAAGAUGCACCUGAGCUAAAUUUUGAGUCUCAUAGCAAAGGGUCUGAAUACUUACAAUUGAAGUCGGAAGUUUACAUACACUUAGGUUGGAGUCAUUAAAACUCGUUUUUCAACCACUCCACACAUUUCUUGUUAACAAACUAUAGUUUUGGCAAGUCGGUUAGGACAUCUACUUAGUACAUGACACAAGUAAUUUUUCCAACAAUUGUUUACAGACAGGUUAUUUCACUUAUAAUUAAUUGUAUCACAAUUCCAGUGGGUCUGAAGUUUACAUACACUAAGUUGACUGUGCCUUUAAACAGCUUGGAAAAUUCCAGAAAAUGAUGUCAUGUCUUUAGAACAUUCUGAUAGGCUAUUUUUUUUUUUUUUUUUUUUUUUUAUAUAGCCCUUCUUACAUCAGCUAAUAUCUCGAAGUGCUGUACAGAAACCCAGCCUAAAACCCCAAACAGCUAGUAAUGCAGGUGUAGAAGCACGGUGGCUAGGAAAAACUCCCUAGAAAGGCGAAAACCUAGGAAGAAACCUAGAGAGGAACCAGGCUAUGAGGGGUGGCCAGUCCUCUUCUGGCUGUGCCGGGUGAAGAUUAUAACAGAACCAUGCCAAGAUGUUCAAAAAUGUUCAUAAGUGACAAGCAUGGUCAAAUAAUAAUCAGGAAUAAAUCUCAGUUGGCUUUUCAUAGCCGAUCAUUAAGAGUUGAAAACAGCAGGUCUGGGACAGGUAGGGGUUCCAUAACCGCAGGCAGAACAGUUGAAACUGGAAUAGCAGCAAGGCCAGGCGGACUGGGGACAGCAAGGAGUCACCACGGCCGGUAGUCCCGACGUAUGGUCCUAGGGCUCAUAUCCACAGGUGUACCUGUGGAUAUUUGACAUCAUUUGAGUCAAUUGGAGGUGUACCUGUGGAUGUAUUUCAAGGCCUACCUUCAAACUCAGUGCCUCUUUGCUUGACAUCAUGGGAAAAUCAAAAGAAAUCAGCCAAGACCUCAGAAAAAAAAAAUGGUAGACCUCCACAAGUCUGGUUCCUUGGGAGCAAUUUCCAAAUGCCUGAAGGUACCACGUUCAUCUUAACAAACAAUAGUACGCAAGUAUAAACACCAUGGGACCACGCAGCCGUCAUACCGCUCAGGAAAGAGGCGCGUUCUGUCUCCUAGAGAUGAACGUACUUUGGUACGAAAAGUGCAAAUCAAUCCCAGAACAACAGCAGAGGACCUUGUGAAGAUGCUGGAGGAAACAGUGCUAUGAAAAAGUAUUUGCCCCCUUUCUAAUUUUCUCUACUUUUGCAUAUUUGUGAAACUGAAUGUUAUCAGAUCUUCAACCAAAACCUAAUAUUAUAUAAAGGGAACAUAAGUGAACAAAUAACACAACAAUUACAUUUUUAUUUCAUUUAUUUCAUAAACAAAGUUAUGCAACACUCAAUUCCCCUGUGUGAAAAAGUAAUUGCCCCCAAAUGCUUCCUGUAGUUGUUGAUCUGUCUCUCACGUUGCUGUGGAGGAAUUUUGGCCCACUCUUCCAUGCAGAACUGCGUCACUGAGUUUGUUAACUCAGUGACGUGUGGGUUUUCAAGCAUGAACUGCUCGUUUCAAAUCCUGCCACAACAUCUCAAUUGGGAUUAGGUCUGGACUUUGACUAGGCCAUUCCAAAACUUCCAAUUUGUUGCUUUUUAGCAAUUUUCAUGUAGACUUGAUUGUGUGUUUUGGAUCAUUGUCUUGCUGCAUGACCCAGCUGGGCUUCAGCUUCAACUCACAGACGGAUGUUCUGACAUUCUCCUGUAGAAUUCUCUGAUACAGAGCAGAAUUCAUGGUUCCUUCUAUUAAGGCAAGUCGUCCAGGUCCUGAGGCAGCAAAGCAUCCCCAAACCAUCACACCACCACCACCAUGCUUGACCUUUGGUAUGAUGUUCUUACUGUGGAAUGCAGAGUUUGGUUUUCGCCAGGCAUUACUGGAACCAUGUCGUCCAAAAAAGUUAUACUUUUGAAUCAUCUGUCCAUAGAACGUUCUUCCAAGUGUCUUGAUGAUCAUCCAGGUGCUUUUUGGCAAACUUGAGUCAACUUUUUGGACGAGAUGGGUCCCAUUAUGCCUGGCGAAAACCAAACACUUCAUUCCACAGUAAGAACAUCAUACCAAAGGUCAAGCAUGGUGGUGGUGGUGGUGUAAUGAGAGUCACAGUCCAUCAGUAGAACAUACUGUAGUUCUUGCCCUCAAGAGCAAAGAGAUCUAUUCCUACUUUGCCCCAUGGUCUCAACACCUCUUUUUCCUUAACCCACAUUGGCUCUUUGCUCUGUUUUGACCUGUAUUUCUGGCAUGUCUGCUCUAUAUCAGCAUUAAUCUUGGGCCAAAAAAACACUGCUUUUGCACGUCGUUUUGACUUUUCCAUCCGUAGAUGGCCCGUAUAUCUGGUUUCGUUCUGAGCUGUCAAAAGCUCUGGACAAUGGUCUGCCAUUAACAAUUAUUUCCCUGGCCUGUACUCGAGUUGCAAGUCCAUAGUUUUAGAAAAAGUCUCUGUACCCUUGGUGGUAUGUACGCUAGAUCCUUCUUUGCAAUAGUAACCAAAGGUUUAUGAUCUGUUUCGGCCCACACUGUUUUACCAUAGAUAAACACAUGGAAUUUCUUAUAUACAUAUGACAGUUCUAAUGCCUCUUUCUCAAUCAGAGCAUAGUUAGUUACACCCAGCCUAUGCCAACCUCCAGUCCCUCGACUUCCUGGCGCUGACGGAAACAUGGAUCACCACUGAAAACACCGCUACUCCUACUGCUCUCUCCUCGUCUGACCAUGUGUUCUCGCAUACCCCGAGAGCAUCUGGUCAGAGGGGUGGUGGUACAGGAAUCCUCAUCUCUCCCAAGUGGACAUUCUCAAUUUUUCCCCUAACCCAUCUGUCUAUCUCCUCAUUUGAAUUCCAUGCUGUCACAGUCACUAGCCCAUUUAAGCUUAAUAUCCUUGUCAUCUAUCGCCCUCCAGGUUCCCUUGGAGAGUUCAUCAAUGAGCUUGACGCCUUGAUAAGUUCCUUCCCUGAGGAUGGCUCACCCCUCACAGUUUUGGGGGAUUUCAACCUCCCUAUGUCCACAUUUGACUCAUUUCUCUCUGCCUCCUUCUUUCCACUCCUCUCCUCUUUUGACCUCACCCUCUCACCGUCCCCCCCCUACUCACAAGGCAGGCAAUACGCUUGACCUCAUCUUCACUAGAUGCUGCUCCUCUACUAAUCUCACUGCAACUCCCCUCCAAGUCUCCGACCACUACUUUGUUUCCUUUUCUCUCUCACUCUCCUCCCACACUACUCACUCUGCCCCUACACAGAUGGUAAUGCGCCGCCGCAACCUUCGCUCUCUCUCUCCCACUACUCUCUCCUCUUCCAUCCUAUCAUCUCUUCCCUCUGCUCAAUCCUUCUCCCUCCAAUCUCCUGAUUCUGCCUCCUCAACCCUCCUCUCCUCCCUUUCUGCAUCCUUUGACUCUCUGUGUCCCCUAUCCUCCCGGCCGGCUCGGUCCUCCCCUCCAGCUCCGUGGCUUGAUGACUCAUUGCGAGCUCACAGAACAGAGCUCCGGGCAGCGGAGCGGAAAUGGAAGAAAACUAAAUUCCCUGCCGACCUGGCAUCUUUUCACUCCCUCCUCUCUACAUUUUCUUCAUCUGUUUCUGCUGCUAAGGCCACCUUCUACCACUCUAAAUUCCAAGCAUCUGCCUCUAACCCUAGGAAGCUCUUUGCCACAUUUUCCUCCCUCCUGAAUCCUCCCUCCCCCCCCCCCCCCCCCCCUCCUCUCUCUCUGUGGAUGACUUCGUCAACCACUUUGAAAAGAAGGUUGACGACAUCCGAUCCUUGUUUGUUAAGUCUAAUGACACUGCUGGUCCUGCUCACACUGCCCUACCCUAUGCUUUGACUUCUUUCUCCCCUCUCUCUCCAGAUAAGAUCCUGCGACUUGUGACUGCAGGCCGCCCAACAACCUGCCCGCUUGACCCCAUCCCCUCCUCCCUUCUCCAGACCAUCUCCGGUGACCUUCUCCCCUACCUCACCUCGCUGAUCAACUCAUCCUUGACCGCUGGCCAUGUCCCUUCCGUCUUCAAGAGAGCGAGAGUUACUCCCCUUCUCAAAAAACCAACACUCGACCCCACUGAUGUCAACAACUACAGACCAGUAUCCCUUCUUUCUUUUCUUUCCAAAACUAUUGAGCGUGCCGUCUUUAGCCAACUCUCUUGCUAUCUCUCUCAGAAUGACCUUCUUGAUCCAAACCAAUCAGGUUUCAGGACUGGUCAUUCAACUGAGACUGCUCUUCUCUGUGUCACAGAGACUCUCCGCACUGCUAAAGCUAACUCUCUCUCCUCUGCUCUUGUCCUUCUAGACCUGUCUGCUGCCUUUGAUACUGUGAACCAUCAGAUCCUCCUCUCCACCCUCUCCGAAAUGGGCAUCUCCGGCGCGGCUCACUCCUGGAUUGCGUCCUACCUGACCGGUCGCUCCUACCAAGUGGCGUGGCGGGAAGCUGUCUCCGCACCACGUGCUCUCACCACUGGUGUCCCCCAGGGAUCGGUUUUGGGCCCUCUCCUUUUCUCCCUAUACACCAAGUCACUUGGCUCUGUCAUAUCCUCACAUGGCCUUUCCUAUCAUUGCUACGCUGACGAUACACAACUAAUCUUCUCCUUUCCCCCUUCUGAUAACCAGGUGGCGAAUCGCAUCUCUGCAUGUCUGGCAGACAUAUCAGUAUGGAUGACGGAUCACCACCUCAAGCUGAACCCUGGCAAGACGGAGCUGCUCUUCCUCCCGGGGAAGGACUGCCCGUUCCAUGAUCUCGCCAUCACGGUAGACAACUCCGCUGUGUCCUCCUCCCAGAGCGCGAAGAGCCUAGGCGUGACCCUGGACAACACCCUGUCGUUCUCCGCCAACAUCAAGGCGGUGACCCGCUCCUGCAGGUUCAUGCUCUACAACAUUCGGAGAGUGCGACCCUGCCUUACACAGGAAGCGGCGCAGGUCCUGGUCCAGGCACUUGUCAUCUCCCGUCUGGACUACUGCAACUCGCUGUUGGCUGGGCUCCCUGCCUGUGCCAUUAAACCCCUACAACUCAUCCAGAAUGCCGCAGCCCGUCUGGUGUUCAACCUUCCCAAGUUCUCUCACGUCACCCCCCUCCUCCGCACACUCCACUGGCUUCCAAUUGAAGCUCGCAUCCGCUACAAGACCAUGGUGCUUGCCUUUGGAGCAGUGAGGGGAACGGCACCCCUGUACCUUCAGGCUCUGAUCAGUCCCUACACCCAAACGAGGACAUUGCGUUCAUCCACCUCUGGCCUGCUGGCUCCCCUUCCUCUGCGGAAGCACAGCUCCCGCUCAGCCCAGUCAAAACUGUUCGCUGCUCUGGCACCCCAAUGGUGGAACAAGCUCCCUCACGACGCCAGGACAGCGGAGUCACUCACCACCUUCCGGAGACAUUUGAAACCCCACCUCUUUAAGGAAUACCUGGGAUAGGCUAAAGUAUUCCUUCUAACCCCCCCCCCCCCCCAAAUUGUAAAGUGGUUAUCCCACUGGCUAUAGGGUGAACGCACCAAUUUGUGAGUCGCUCUGGCUAAGAGCGUCUGCUAAAUGACGUUAAUGUGCCCUUGAGCAAGGCACUUAACCCUAAUUGCUCCUGUAAGUCGCUCUGGUUAAGAGCGUCUGCUAAAUGACUAAAAUGUAAUGUAAAUGUAAAAAUGUAAGUUGUCAGAGCCCUGGAGGUAUAUGCGACUGGGCGCCAUCUAGUGCGAUACUGCUGUAACAACACUGCACCUAAACCUGCUUUAGAGGCAUCUGCUGAGACUUUGGUUUUGCGCUUUUCAUCAUAGAACCUCAGGACUGGAGCAUGCAUGAUUUAAUGCCUUGAGCUCCUCAAACUCUUUCUGGUGAUUACUGUUCCAACAUCUCCCGCUCUCCAACUCCUGUGCGCAGGCUGCACGUCCCCCAAGUGGUCACGUGGCCUCCUAUGCAAUAUGCCACAGGAAGCUACUCUGAAAAUAUAGUUUAGCAAGCUACUAAGUUCUUCACCCUGGAAGAAGUUAAGCACUUAACUAAACUUACUUUGAAAAAGUAGUUCGCUACAUCCAAACUACUUAGUGAAAAAUUAUCAUAUGCAAAUCUGAAAUGUCAUAGACUAUAAAUUGCAAGAACCGAUAACUUUGGGGUCAUAUGUUUGUUAACAGAAUGUUAAAUUUAGCCUAUUAAACACAAAAACAAUAUUUCAAGUGAGAAUUUACGCAGGUCUGAUACCAGAAAAUAAAGGAAAUUAUGGCCUACUUCUCCCAGAUUUCUAUGUAGAGUGUAGUUCCAGUAGUUAGCUACACCGCUACAUGGCAAAAAAGUAAUUAACUACUGAAAACACUACCUAGACUUGAACUUAGUUCAACUAACACUAAGCUACUGCAAAAUGUAGUUACAAUACUAGUUCAACUACAUGUAACUUAGUUAACUACUCCCCAACACCGUGUGGGUGGCUAACUUUCUGUGUCUUUCUCUCUCUAGUCUCUCACUGUCUCCGUCCUUGUGCUGUGUGUGUAGACAGCCUGAGAAAGAAAGAGACUGAAAAGGGGACUUUUACUUUCAUAACGAAAUUAAAACAAAUCAGAUCAGCAAAAGGAGCAUGAGGAAUUUGGUAAAGACUUUAAUUAGGUUAAUGUGGAAGGUGUGUGUGCAUCGUUUUAUGUGAGUUUGUUUUAGUGUAUGACUUAAGGUAUGAUUUGUUUUAUUUGUGUCUCACUGCUGUAAUCCUUUCUAUAUUUGAUUAGAAUCAAGAUCGGACCAAUUUAAUCCUGAUCAUAUUGGAUUGUACCCUGGGUUCAUCUCUAUAUUAUACGACCCUCCAUGUAGGCUAGUAGGCCUAAAGUGGUAUCUCAGUCAAGGUGUUACUGAAGUUGAUUAGUUAUUAUUAUAAAGGACUUUGGGCUGCUAUAUGUUCAUCAACCCUCUCUCAUUUCAUUCUAAUUCAGCACAUUAUAUUACAUUUUAUUGAAUUACACAUCCUUUCAGAGCCAAUUCACCCUUGGUUCCCCUUAUCACUGCGAUGAUAGUGCUAUGGGGAAGUGUGCUUGUAUGUGUUUGCACAUUUGUGUUUGUGCACUAUGCACUCGGUCAGUGUUUUAUGUCCCUCUAGUUGUUUUGAGAGAGAGAGAGAAGGGGGAUGGAGGGAAGGAGAGUGGGAAGGAAGGAGUCUUCCCCUCGUUUCUCCGCUGAGCUGAGUCACUUAGCUCUGAGCUGCAGUGCCUGCCUGGGAGGAUUGCGUGUUACUGCCAAACUUUCCCUACUACUCCUUUGGGAGGUUUGAGCUGCCUUGUCUGUCCUGUAAGGAUUUCCUACUGCUCUGUAGAAGAGGCUUUGGGUGAGUUUAUUCUCAUGUUAUGUCAGUUCUUCAGCUUGUCCCCUCCUCUCUCUCACGUUUUCUUAGAUGAAUGUGCUAUUGUGGUUGAUUUACAUCUAUUUCUGGAGUUAGACUAUUCUCAUAGCUGUCGCCCUUUGCACUGAAAGUAUUAGAUAAUGUCACAGUAUUUAAUCAUUGCAGGCAGGAGUCCAAGGACGAUGUAUGGAUUGUGGAUGUAUUCACUUUAAAAUCUGAAUUCCUUCCCUUUUUCUUGUAUGCGCUCACACAACCCUGCUCAUAACUGGAAAUCACUGAGAAAUCCUCAUACCACCCAUUUUGAAUCCCAGGCAGAUUUGAUUAUAAAUACUGUUAGAUAUGCAGUGUGCUGAGAGUGGGGUGUCCUCUUGGGGCACAGGGCUCUGGUCUAUUUUAGGUUGGAAGUAAAAGCAGUAACUUAGACCAUGGUUACAGUUAUAGUCUGAAACUGUUCUCAGACACGCCCUUCUCUGGGUGGUGGCUGGGUGCAGAAAGACAGGUGUGCCUAUUGUUUUUACUCACAGCUCUCACUUGAGUGUCGGGGACACAUGUUGUCUCAGAGAGAGAGCGACUCUUAUCUGACACUCCAAACCGAUCGAAAUCUAGCAUGCAUCGGUCAGAAAAUUCAUUCAAAUGCUACGAAUUGCCGGUUCACCAUUUCUUGUGCUAUGUAUUAAUUGGCUAUGUCAGCAAAAAAUUUUGAUAAAUAUUGAUACAUUACUAUUUCAAAUACUUAGAAUCUGGAAAAUGUACAGGUGAUUUCAGAUUAAAAGUGAUGCCCCCCCCCCCCUCAUAUGGAUCAGUUUAGGUGUCUACAUACGCCAUAGACUUAUACAUAAUUUACACACACGCGCACACACACACACACACACACACACACACACACACACACACACACACACACACACACACACACACACAGAGAAGUCAGCUCAGACAGAUCCAGCUCAGAGGCCCAGCUCAUGAGCUCCAUCAGCAGCAGAAUUAAUGUGUUUAUGCAACAUAUGUUAGUGCAUUGAAUCGCAUCGAACCGAACCGAAUCACAUCGACUCGUUCCUCUAAUCAAACCGAAUCGUUUCAAACUAAAACGUAUCAUUCCUGUAUCGUAUCGUAGCCUAUGUAUCUAGAUACGUAUCGAAUUGUCUUGAAAUGGAAAGAUGCACAUCCCUAAUUAUACCACAAAUUAGAUACAGCUUUUUCAAGCAUCACUUAAAAACAAUAUAUAUUCCUAGAGGCAUCGUGGUUGGUCGAUCCUGUUAUUUUCCCUCUCUCUCUCUGUGAGGUAAAGGAUGGGGAUACGCUGCUCUUAUCUCUGAUUACAGAGAAAGUGGUUUUGUUAGAUUGAUACAUUCCUUCAUCCUCUCUGAGCCUGGUUGUAUUGGUAAACCUGCAUUCUUGUGUGUCUGUGUCGGCAAGGACAGGGAGGGGUCUUCUAAAUGGAGGAGAUAUCUUUAGUAACACCAGCAGCACACUGGAGGCUUUAACACACAGACCCUGACCUGAGGUAAACUUAUUUUUUUUAUUGAACGGAUCUUCUGCACUCUUCCUCCUCUGCUCUCUCCGGAUGUCAUGAAAGAUUAAGAGGACAGAGUAUUUGGCCUAUUUUCAGUUCUCUGCACCAUGGCAAGACUCCUCUGCCUUUUAAUACAGUGAUAGAGUUCAGUACUGCGGAGAAUAUUUUUCAUGUGUCAUUAUAAUUUUGUUAGAUGCUAGAUAAAUGUCUUUGAUCAUUUUCAUUUGAUCAUUCUUGAGGAUUUACUUAUGACUGUCUUGAGUGAAGUGAAUGCCAUGAUUUCCACCAGAGUUGGUCUAAACGUAUUUUGAAACAAGCGAAUGCCCACAAGCUUGUUCUCCCUGCCUGCUCAAUAGUAAAAUAUGUUGUAGUGUUGAGAAGGUUCGGCCCAGUUGCCAUGGUAGCAGGUCUCCUACAGUGUAAAUCAAGGACAGAGCCUCAGGUGGGAUUGUGUUCACCUGAGCUCUGCAUUCACUAUUAACUAUUGGAUUUAGCUGCGAAUUUUCAAUAUUUGCUCACUUUCCAGUUUCUACAGAAUUCUGUUAGGCCUUCUACCCCAGGCUCAGAAGCUCGCCUUGCAAACAUCCAUAUUCACUUAUUCUAACUGAUGUGGACUAAUGCGGUUUUAAAUUGGAAUCGGAAGACAGACUUUCAAAUAAAAGAGAAGAAUAAAGGAAUUGAAUUACUGUAGUCAUGUGUGAUAUCAAAAUUGCAAAAACUUUGGCUUGGUUUGGUCUUGUGCGGUUGUGGUCAGUGUGUGUGUGUCAGGGUUGGGGUCAAUUUAGUUUCAAUUCAGGAAAUUUGAUUUUACAUGAAAAGCUUACUGGAGUCAAUCUAUUAAACAAUAGAGUAUGGAUGCUCUAUUCUGAAAUAUUGAAUUGCAAUUUCAAUUUACUUUCUGAAUUGACUGAAUUGAAACUGAAUUGUGUGUGCGUGUGUGCGCGCAUGCGCAUGUGUGUGCAUGUGUGUCUGCUUAGAGAAACAUGAAUGCUCAGACUUAAGGCUGUUUGAAUGGGCCCAUCUCCCACGAGGCUGUCAUACAGAUGCCUGACCAUGUUUACAUCAGCCACAGCAACAGACCGCUAAGCCCCCUCCUCCCCGGUGGAACUCAAAGAGGAAGAGAAUGAAAGACCCUACAACCCAACCCAAGCACUCCGUUCUGCCACCUCUGGUCUCUUCGCGGUCCCUCCCCUACGGGGUGUCAGCUCAGCCCAGUUAAAUCUCUUCUCUGUCCUGGCACCCCAAUGGUGGAACCAGCUUCCCCAUGAAGCUAAGACAGCAGAGUCCCUUCCUACUAGAACUGACUUUGCUGAUAACUACUUUAUUGAGGGAAAAUGUACUUGCUACGACUGUGAUAUGUGGUUGUCUCACCCAGCUACCUUAAAAUUAAUGCACUAAUUGUAAGUCGCUCUGGAUAAGAGCGUCUGCUAAAUGACUCAAAUGUAAAAUAAAUAUGUAUCUCUGAAAUAACCCAGAAAGGGGCCCUUUGUGCUGCCUAACAACUUAAUGUCCACAUGCUUUGGUUUAGCAGGGCGCUGGCUGCUAAUUUGCAUGGUGGUCUGUGGCGGGCCACUUUUAAUGAGAGGAGGCCUGUGUGUGUGUGAACGAGGAGCAGCUGACCCAGAGACAACAGAACGAGGUAGCCAUGCUGGCAAAUGCGAGGGCCGGAGGUCCAUACACUCCACUCCAUUGAUGUUUACUUCAGUGAUAUACAGUACUUACAGAACUACAGUGCCUUGCAAAAGUAUUCAUCCCCCUUGGUGUUUACAAGCUGUAAUUUAAAUUGAUUUUUAUUUUUAUUUCAUGUAAAUGACAUACACAAAAUAGUCCAAAUUGGUGAAAUGAAAGUGAAAUGAAAAAAAUAACUUGUUUUAGAAAAUUCUAAAAAAUAAAUAACGGAAAAGUGGUGCGUGCAUAUGUAUUCACCCCCUUUGCUAUAAAGCCCCUAAAUAAGAUCUGGUGCAACCAAUUACCUUCAGAAGUCACAUAAUUAGUUAAAUAAAGUCCACCUGUGUGCAAUCUAAGUGUCACAUGAUCUGUCACAUGAUCUCAGUAUAUAUACACCUGUUCUGAAAGGCCUCAGAGUCUGCAACACCACUAAGCAAGGGGCACCACCUAGCAAGCGGCACCAUGAAGAUCAAGGAGCUCUCCAAACAGGUCAGGGACAAAGUUGUGGAGAAGUACAGAUCAGGGUUGGGUUAUAAAAAAAAAUCUGAAACUUUGAACAUCCCACGGAGCACCAUUAAAUCCAUUAUUAAAAAAUGGAAAGAAUAUGGCACCACAACAAACCUGCCAAGAGAGGGCCGCCCACCAAAAGUCACGGACCAGGCAAGGAGGGCAUUCGUCAGAGAGGCAACAAAGAGACCAAAGAUAACCCUGAAGGAGAUGCAAAGCUCCACAGCGGAGAUUGGAGUAUCUGUCCAUAGGACCACUUUAAGCCGUACACUCCACAGAGCUGGGCUUUACGGAAGAGUGGCCAGAAAAAAGCCAUUGCUUAAAGAAAAAAUAAGCAAACACGUUUGGUGUUUGCCAAAAAGCAUGUGGGAGACUCCCCAAACAUAUGGAAGAUGGUACUCUGGUCAGAUGAGACUAAAAUUUAGCUUUUUGGCCAUGAAGGAAAACGCUAUGUCUGGCGCAAACCCAACACCUCUCAUCACCCCGAGAACACCAUCCCCACAGUGAAGCAUGGUGGUGGUAGCAUCAUGCUGUGGGGAUGUUUUUCAUCGGCAGGGACUGGGAAACUGGUCAGAAUUGAUGGAAUGAAGGAUGGCGCUAAAUACAGGGAAAUUCUUGAGGGAAACCUGUUUCAGUCUUCCAGAGAUUUGAGACUGGGACAGAGGUUCACCUUCCAGCAGGACAAUGACCCUAAGCAUACUGCUAAAGCAACACUCAAGUGGUUUAAGGGGACACAUUUAAAUGUCUUGGAAUGGCCUAGUCAAAGCCCAGACCUCAAUCCAAUUGAGAAUCUGUGGUAUGACUUAAAGAUUGCUGUACACCAGUGGAACCCAUCCAACUUAAAGGAGCUGGAGCAGUUUUGCCUUGAAGAAUGGGCAAAAAUCCCAGUGGCCAAGCUUAGAGACAUACCCCAAGAGACUUGCAGCUGUAAUUGAUGCAAAAGGUGGCUCUACAAAGUAUUGACUUUUUUUUGGGGGGGGGGGCUCAAGUUCUGUUUUUUUAUGUUAUUUCUUGUUUGUUUCACAAUGAAAAAUAUUUUGCAUCUUCAAAGUGGUAGGCAUGUUGUGUAAAUCAAAUGAUACAAACCCCCCAAAAAUCAAUUUUAAUUCCAGGUUGUAAGGCAACAAAAUAGGAAAGAUGCCAAGGGGGGUGAAUACUUUUGCAAGCCACUGUAUACACUGGCCACUCUGUCGUGGAGAGCGUCCGCAUUUCACUGUGGGUGAAUACAUGGAGGUGAUUUACAGCAGAAUGACAGGGUGUUUGACAUGUUAAUAACAACCUUUAUUAUUUACUAUAGAGGGUUUUACUGACUCUCUCUACAAUCACUAACAUAGCGACUUGAUUUGGAUGUGGAGACUUGAUUGUAACCUAAAUGUGUCAUAUGGCGCAAAACAUGUUCUAAAUGUUCCCUUUAAAGUGAUUGCAGAUGAUGUCAAGCAUGUAAUCAGCCGAGUUCUUAAGGCCAGCUCUAAAAUUAUACACAAAACUUGGGCCGUGUUUAGAAAGUCACCCCCAGCAGAUCGUUGGGCUAUCCUAGUCAAUCAUUACUAGACCAUUUCUUGUAAAAGCCUUGUCUGUAAUUGAAGCAGAGCUAUAAAAAAAAUUGAUUGAGUGUAGCCCUUUCCUGCAGUCGAAUGACCAAAGCGCCCUCUAGUGGCCUCAUGGGAGGAACGUUAUUAAUAUUUUCAUAAUUAAUCAACAUUAUUUAUUAUUUUUACACCGGAAGUCUGGUGUUUCUAUAUCGGUUUUGUUAUAUUUCAGUCUUCUGUGAUGUACAUAAAGAGCAAUAUUGGGAUGUAAACUCAAAAUUGAAUACAUUUCAACUAUAUCUGACAUGGUACAGGUAUCAUCUUUUUUUUAAGCCCAUAACCAUGUGUGUGGGGUGUAUAGUUUUGUCAUAUACAGUACAAUGUACAUUGAGUAUAACAAACAUUAGGAACACCUCCCUAAUAUUGAGUUGCACCCACUCCUUUUACAGGAGGGGGUCGCAGUUCCGGAGCGACCCACUAGGUGUCAUCCUCCGACAACCUUAGGCACCUCCUCACUCACAGUCUGGACUAAUCAUUAUCUUAUUAGUGUCACCUGUGUAUUUAUGCCCUCACUUCCCUGUGUUCCCUUGCCCAGUUGUAAUGAGAGUGAAAAACCCAGCAACGUUGCAGUUCUUGACACACUCAGACCGGUGCUCCUGGCACCUACUACCAUACCCCGUUCAAAGGCACUUAAAUAUUUUGUCUUGCCAAUUCACCCUCUGAAUGGCACACAUAGACAAUCCAUGUCUCAAUUGUCUCGAAGCUUAAAAAUCCUUCUUUAACCUGUUUCCUUCCCAGGUUGAAGUGGAUUUAACAAGUGACAUCAAUAAGGGAUCAUAGCUUUCACCUGGAUUCACCAGGUCAGUCUGUCAUGGAAAGAGCAGGUGCCCUUAAUGUUUUGUAUACUCAGUGUAUAUAGACUGUAGAUGUUUUGUGGUACUUUCGUUUUGCUGUUUUAAGAUUAGUAUGAUAAAUGCUAGACAGGGUAAACAGGGGACUUCCUUGUUAUGAUGAGUGAAUCAGACUUUUUAUAGCAGUAUUGUGAGUUGAAGGUAUGCUAUAAAAAAUGAUAAUACUUUUAGAGGAGGGACAGUGAUUUAUUUUAGAGAUUGAGGAGAUUGCGUGUAUUACAGCAUUUAGGUCACAUUUCAAUGUUUCAUAGCACUAGGAUGGAAUUUCACUUCCAUGUUCUUUCAGUGAACUCAACAUCAUUUUCUCUGUAGACUUACUGACCAUGGAGCAAAAAAAAUUGCUUGUAUCAUCAAAUGCAGUAAUGUAGGCUCUGCAGCACUAGGAAUGGACAGCCUCUCAGAGACAAUGGACAAUGUUACACAUUGAUUAUACUGUAUAGCUGCUGAGUGAAGGUUUGUGUGAGUGUUCACACAACUGACACAUGUGAGUUCUUAUUAUACCUCAGUGGAGUUAAGUCAUGUUUUUACAUGACUGCGCUUAAUGGAGACUUCCCAGAAUGAUGAAGCUCUUUGUGUCUCUAUAAUGUAACAAUACCACCUGUUUGGCCUCAGCAACACAGUGCCAUGUAUGGUGGUGUUACCUUAAUAGGCAUGGCUGUGCAAUUGUAUAGACUUGACUGUGGAGUGUUUCUGACUAUAGACUUGGUGUAAACAGUCCUAUUAGUUAAACACACUGGAGUGAAGAUGGACCAUCUGUCACCAGCUGGUUAGACCAGGCUCAGUGCUGUUGAUAAUCAACUGGAUCAUUAGCCUGAUAAUGAACUACAUGGAGACUCCAAUGUUCAGCCAUGGGCAGGGGUGAAAGUAGAUUUAAUUUAUUCCCGGUAUAGGACCUCAUAUGCUUACGCGUGCACCAACAUUUUUUAUGGGCCUAAUCAUAGAAUUACAUAGAAUCCCUAUUAAUUCAAUAGGAUCUCUGUGGGCCUAGUCGUAACUAUUUGUAAUGUAACUUUUAAAAUGUAUUACCUUUUAUUGUAGCAUAAACACAAUCAGUCAUGAUGUUGUCAUCUGAUUGUCAAAUAAUCACUUCAAAGGGCUCCUUUACUAGGCUAUCUGCGCACGUUCAUCCACUCGCAACAUAUUCCCAGCCUCCAAACAGUGGUGAAUUGAAAGAGACAUCUGUUAAACAAAACAAAAAAAGUGUAAUUAGGCCAAAACGUAUGCGUCUACUGUUGUCCACGCGCGUCUCGGUGUCAGCCACCCAUCUCUGCCAUGGCAAAAUGUCAGUGUUCUUGUUGAACCACAUUGCAUUGUUUUCAAGUUCAUUCGCUAAUUUUCCAUGCCUCUGACAUGCGGUAAUGAUAAAUAAUGGUGUAAUAGCCUACAGUUUUCUUCACAUUUAGUUUUAAUUAUUGUGAUAGGCUGAUGGUUUACUGGUACAGCAUACCCCCACUAUUUAUUUUGCCGGGACGGUGUAUUGGACCGGUUUACUAUCACCCCUGGCCAUGGGCCAAAUGGCCAAAUGAAUAGUAAAAGAUGGAGGAAGAGAUAGUGUAGUGGAUUACAAUCACUGCAAGCAAGGGGCAGUGGGUGAUAUUCUGUGAGUGGUAGAUGUUCUGUCUGUGGAGCAACAUGGAUGUGAAUCACGAAAACAGGAUAUAUGGUAUGGAAGUGAGGAGGUCCUCUUUCAAAAUAAGUACAACAGAGGCAUGGUAAACAUCAUAUGAUCCCAGCUCUACCACCCUGCAGCCAACUGAGUGUUGUUGAGAAUCUCACUGUUCCUCUUUACACUCUUUCUCUUUCAGCUCUAAGCAGCAGCCCCCGCAGUGCAAGAGUCAGUCGGACAGGUCUGUGUAGGAAGAGUCCCAGUGAGAAGAGCAGAGGGGGUGUCAAUGGAAGAGGUUCGGACAGCAGGCCCUCACUGCAGCCCAAACCACAAGGUACAGAUAGUAAUACGGUUUAAUAUAUGCUAUUUAGCAGACCUUUUUUAUCAAAGCGACUCACAGUACAGUGAGUGCAUAGACUUUAGAAUAUGUGACCCCAGCAGGAAUCGAAUCCAUGACCCAGGUGUUGUUAGUGCCACACUCUUACCACACUCUUACCACACUCUUACCACACUCUUACCAACUGAGCCACACAAGACAACAGAGCACUGACCGCAGCGCUACUCAGACAUACAGACACUCGUUUACGUCUAGAUAAUGACUCAUGCGUGACACAGAACCAGUGGUGUAAAGUACUUAACUAAAAAUACUUUAAAGUACUACUUAAGUAGUUUUUGGGUAUCUGUACUUUAGUUUACUAUUUAUAUUUUUGACAACUUUUUCUUUUACUUCACUACAUUCCUAAAGACAAUAAUGUACUUUUUACUCCAUACAUUUUCCCUGACACCCAAAAGUACUUGUUACAUUUUGAAUGCUUAGCAGAACAGAAAAUGGUGCAAUUCACACACUUAUCAAGAGAACAUCCCUGGUCAUCUCUACUGCCUCUGAUCUGGCGGACUCACUAAACACAAGUGCUUCGUUUGUAAAUGAUGUCUGAGUGUUGGAGUGUGCCCCUGGGUAUCCGUAAAUUAAAAAAUAAUUGUGCCUACUGGUUUGCUUAAUAUAAGGAAUUUGAAAUUAUUCAUAAUUUUACUUUUACUUUUGAUACCUAAGUAUAUUUAAAACCAAAUACUUUCAGACUUUUACUCAAGUAGUAUUUUACUGGGUGGCUUUCACUUUUACUUGAGUCAUUUUCUAUUAAGGUAUCUUUGUAUGUAUGACAAUUUGUUACUUUUUCCACCACUGCUCAGAACAUGUAUGACAAAACUGUUCAUGCCACAAGGAAGAGCGAGUUAUGUAACCAGACACAGUGUGUGACACAGUGGUGGAACCUUGCCUUUAGUGGUGUUGCAUUCCUCUUUUAUUUGAACACAGUGAAUCAUUCUCCAGAGAUAAAAGGGAAGGCCCUAACCCUCUACAUUACAGCAGUCCAUUGACCAUCCCCUCUAUGGGUUAUAGAAUAGUUCAUGCCAUAAGAGGAUACUGCUAGUCCACACUAUGGCUAUAUUUCAAUGUCAUUCUGGGUGAUGAAUGUUAUGCCUAAAGUAGCCGUGUUUUGCAGGCUUAUAGGCAUGGGUCGCAGACACUCUGGGAAUGAGGCUAGCUUUUAGUAACCUGUGCUGCCACCUUGUGUUCGAAUAAUACAUGGCAACACCCAACUCCACAAAACACAGUCAACAUAACGUAAAAUGCUGGUGGAGGGUCAUGUAUAGUCACAGAAAGGCUCCUAGAGUGGCCAUGCCAACAUGACCUCUGACCUCUCUAGUACUGACAACUGACCUUUUCCCAUCAUCCCCUCAGUGCCUCCGAAGCCAGCCCACCUCCAGAGCCCGGUGACGAAGUCCGCUGCCCCACCGCUGGCGCUGGGGUGUGUGGAGAGAGCACUCCUCAGAGCCACCAUGGAGGAGGGUAGAGGAGGGGCGAUGAUGGUGAAGAGCCGGGAGAAACCCUCCAAAGUCUUGGACCUCAUCAACCACUUCGAGGAGAACAGGUAGAGCAGGGGAAAAAAGUAGAAUACAGACUCAGAGUGGGUAGGGGAGAAAAACUGAGAAAAGUAUAAAUUAGACCCUAUCUGAGAUACAGUGCUAACUCAAAUAUGUGUGCAAUUAUUGCCCUUGUGUGUUCUUGCUUUAGAGAGAGAGAGAGAGAGAGAGAGAGAGAGAGAGAGAGAGAGAGAGAGAGAGAGAGAGAGAGAGAGAGAGAGAGAGAGCGAGCUCAAAUAGCCACCCUUUGCCUUCAUGACAGCUUUGCACACUAUUGGCAUUCUCUCAACCAGCUUCACCUGGAAUGCUUUUCCAACAGUCUUGAAGGAGUUCCCACGUAUGCUGAGCACUUGUUGGCUGCUUUUCAUUCACGCUGCGGUCCGACUCAUCCCAAACCAUCUCAAUUGGGUUGAGGUCGGGGGAUUAUGGAGGCCAGGUCAUCUGAUGCAGCACUCCAUCACUCUACUUCUUAGUAAAAUUGCCCUAACACAGCCUAGAGGUGUGUUGGGUCAUUGUCCUGUUGAAAAACAAAUGAUAGUCCCACUAAGCCCAAACCAGAUGGAAUGGCGUAUAGCUGCAGAAUGCUGUGGUAGCCAUGCUGGUUAAGUGUGCCUUGAAUUCUAAAUAAAUCACAGACAGUACACCAGCAAAGCACCCCCACACCAUAACACCUCCUCCUCCAUGCUUUACGGUAGAAACUACACAUGCAGAGAUCAUCCGUUCACCCACACCGCGUCUCACAAAGACACGGCUGUUGGAACCAAAAAUCUCCAAUUUGGACUCCUGACCAAAGGACACAUUUCCACCGGUCUAAUGUCCAUUGCUCGUGUUUCUUGGCCCAAGCAGGUCUCUUCUUAUUAUUGGUGUCCUUUAGUAGUGGUUUCUUUGCAGCAAUUCGACCAUGAAGACCUGAUUCACACAGUCCCCUCUGAACAGUUGAUGUUGAGAUGUGUCUGUUACUUGAACUCUGUGAAGCAUUUAUUUGGGCUGCAAUUUCUGAGGCUGGUAACUUUAAUGAACUUAUCCUCUGCAGCAGAGUUAACUCUGGGUGUUCCAUUCCUGUCGUGGUCCACAUGAGAGCCAGUUUCAUCAUAGCGCUUGAUGGUUUUUGCGACUGCACUUGAAGAAACUUUCAAAGUUCUUGACAUUUUCCGUAUUGACUGGCCUUCAUGUCUUAAAGUAAUGAUGGACUAUGGUUUCCCUUUGCUUAUUUGGGCUGUUCUUGCCAUAAUAUGGACUUGGUAUUUUACCAAAUAGGGCUAUCUUCUGUAUACCCCCCUACCUUGUCACAACACAACUGAUUGGCUCAAACGCAUUAAGAAGGAAAGAAAUUCCACAAAUUAACUUUUAAGAAGGCACACCUGUUAAUUGAAAAGCAUUCCAGGUGACUACCUCAUGAAGCUGGUUGAGAGAAUGCCAAGAGUGUGCAAAGCUGUCAUCAAGGCAAAGGGUAGCUAUUUGAAGAAUCUCAAAUAUAAAAUAUAUUUUGAUUUGUUUAACACUUUCUUGGUUACUACAUGAUUCCAUAUGUGUUAUUUCAUAGUUUUGAUGUCUUCACUAUUAUUCUACAAUGUAGAAAAUAGUAAAAAUAAAGAAAAACCCUGGAAUGAGUAGGUGUGUCCAAACCUUAGACUGGUACUGUAGAUACUUCCAUAUACUAAAAUAAAUACCUCAUUCAGGCAGACAUGAGUGUAGUAAUCAAGUGUGACGUUAAUAAACCUUGCAUACAAAGGUUUAUUUCCUAAUAUCUCCUACCAUUUAGAAGAUUAACUAAAAAUCAGAAGUCACUUUCAGCCCGGUUCAUUGAUAUUUCUUCAGAGGAACACUUUAGACAGCGAGAGCAUUAGAGAUCAGCUUGUGUAUCACAAGACAAAGCGUUAGUGGAGGAUGAAAAGAGAUUUGUACAAAGUGGAAAAUCUACUCCCUCAGUUGUGGGAGAGAGCUCACUACUGUAGGAUGAAAGAGGUUUAUUACACAAACUUGAUGAUGUUAGAUUGUGUCCUCAAUCAAAAGGGUUGGCUAUGUGAAUCAGUCUAUUGUCAGAAAUGAAUAACUUCCCACAAGGCCAAGGCUGAGCAUUUGCUAUAUAGCAACACAGCCAAUCUCAGAAUGGCAUUAGUUGUGAUUUCAAUAAACACUUGUUGCUAAUUUAAUAUAAGCAUUUUAGCUAUCUAUUGUGCCAUCUGUUUACCUAUGUCUUCAUCUGUUUACCUAUGUCUUCAUCUGUUUACCUAUGUCUUCAUCUGUUUUCCUAUGACUUUAAGAAGUUUCUGUUGUCAUUCCUGCUUGGUUACAAGUCUGAGUGGUGGUUUUAGUAGCAUGUGAGGAGGCCCAUUGGUGAGAGACUGAGAAGGAGAAACAAUGGUGCCCUUGUGUGAACCACUCAUACAGUGGAGUCCAACAGCUUUAUCCGCUCAGUCCAUUAUUGCCAACCCAGGUCUCUACAGGCCAAUCCAGGUCACUACAGACCAACAGACGAAAACACCGUACAGCUGGUGACUGAAGUCAGUGGGCAUGCGCCCAGCCACUAGUGCGCGAUGGGACAAGGACAUGCCAGCCAGCCAAACCCUACCCUAACCUGGGCGACACUGGGCCAAUUGUGCGCCGCCUCAUGGGUCUCCCGGUCGCGGCCGGCUGCGACACAGCCCGGGAUCAAACCCGGAUCUGUAGUGACGCCUCUAGCACUGCGAUGCGCCUUGUAAUAAUCUGCUUCACAUGCUGUGUUUCUUAGUAGAGGGAACCUGGAAACCCAGCACAUGAUGCUAUUAAUGUAGCAAUAAAGCCUACCUCUAAAUGCUAUUAUUAUAUGGCUGUAUACAUUUUUUAAUACUGAGGUUAAUUAAGCCUUUCUGUAAACCUUUUGGAAAGUUAACUGAAUGUUUCUAUACAUCAAAGGCUAAAGCCAAGUUUAUGAGGAGGAUAUGUGAAAUGUAUUGCCUCAGUGUUUCGCUCAAGUGUUUCCAUGGCCUUUCCCCAUGUACCUACACUAACCAACCAAAACAGUCCUCUGUGCUUGGUAUGGACUAGUGGGUCAGCUGUUUGUUCACCCGCACCUGCCUGCAAUCGCUAUAACCCAUCCGCAACCGCCCGACUAUAUGUGACAAAGUGAAAAUCUGAGGCUCGCACCCGACCCUAACCUGCUAAUAUAGAAAAUGUGCUGUAGGCCACAGUCAGAGACAGCAGAACAAUUUUUUGACAGGGGGUGCAGGAUUUUUUGUUGUUGCCUGAUUUAGAUAUUUCUGAUAAGAUUUUAAUUUGGCUUGGAUGCAUAUUUUAUGUGGUUGAAAUACUAUCAGCUUUUAUGAUGCUGAUAAAGACAGCACCUCUACAUACGGUAUGUAACUGCGCAUUGGCAUUCUCUUAAGAUGCUGAAAGAAAUAAAUCAUAUUUCUCCAUUCCUGUUCCCAAGUCAAAUGUUUUCUUACAUUUGGUGGAUCAUUUUACUGCAAGAAAUGCUUAAUUCUGCAGGAGUUAAUAUUAAGGCUAUGUGAGAGGUUAUAGACCUACGUUCAGUGUCCAGAUUUCAGUUUCCAUUUGAAGUCCCCAUCUUGUGACUGUCGAAUUUGUAUCGCCUCACAACAGUGUUGUGUUCGAGACCACCUAUUGCGAGACCGAUCCAAGACCGGAGCAAAUCGAGUCCGAGUCAAGACCAAGACCGGAGAGGGGGCGAGACCGAGUCAAGACCGGGAGGGGGACAAUGGGUCCAAGACCGAGUCAACACCGAGACCAGAAAAAUGCGAGUCCAAUUCAAGAUCAUGUUUGUAAUUUUGUCAAAUCGUCACCAUAAUAAGAGUUCAAAAUGUCCAGUAUUUCUGUGUUCAUAUUUCAGAAGAACAUAUGGAUUCUUUAGACAUUCAGAAUGGUGAAAAAAUGCAUGCUGAGGGAAAAUAGAGCCAUUCUACAAAUUAUUACUAACCCAAACACAGUGGGGAACAAUGGGCCUUCUACACCGUCAAAGGGCCAAGGAUUUAUAAAAUAAUAAUAAUAACAACAACAAUAAGAAUUUUAAUUAUAUUCUUCUUUUCAAUUAUGUCUGAGAUCCGUCCAAGAUGUGGAAAUCGAGCGGUUCAACCAAGGAUUUGGGGUGGGGGAGAACGAUCAAGACGGUAGGGGCUGGUCCAAGCCGAGUCACACAGAGACAGAAAAAUGCAGUCCCAUUCAAUCUGUUGUAAUUGUCAAUCGUCACCAUUGAGUUCAAUGUCCAUAUUUCUGUGUCAUAUUUCAAAGAACAUGGACUCUUUGCAUUCAAAGUGAAAAAUGCAUGCUGAGGAAAUAGAGCCAUUCUACAAAUUAUUACUAACCCAAAACAGUGGGGAACAUGGGCCUUCUACACCGUCAAAGGGCCAAGGAUUUAUAAAAUAAUAAUAAUAACAACAACAAUAAGAAUUUUAAUUAUAUUCUUCUUUUCAAUUAUGUUCUGAUUUAAUCUCUUCAGUUUUUGUUGGAAAGGAAAGGGUUAACAAUCCAAUCAGGAUUUUUUGGGGGUCUUCUCUGGGGAGAUAAAUCUAGCUAGCUAGGUCAGCCAGUGCCUAGGCGAUCAGAAGCUAGAUAGAAAGCAUCUGCCAUUCAACUGUAUUAGGGCAACAUUUUGGAGUGACAGUGGAAUCAACCAAUCACAUUUUGUUUUGUAAUGAAUCCCACCCAUUACAAGUCAAAAUGUGAUUGGUUGAUUCCACAGUCACUCCAAAAUUUGGCCCUAAUACAUUUGGGAGCAUUUUUACAAAAAACAUAUGGAAACUUCUGCCUUCUCAAAGGCCAUCAGGUCACUGCGCAAUAGCGAGAAGUAGUUGUGGUCCUCUGUAGCUCAGCUGGUAGAGCACGGCGCUUGUAACGCCAAGGUAGUGGGUUCGAUCCCCGGGACCACCCAUACACAAAAAUGUAUGCACGCAUGUCUGUAAGUCGCUUUGGAUAAAAGCGUCUGCUAAAUGGCAUAUUAUUUUUUAUUAUUUUAGUUUUCCCACAGUCUAGCUCGCUAUUUUAUGUUGUAGGCUAGUUUGCAGAAGCUGCAGCAGGUGUUAUCAAAGAGGAUGUUGUUGCUAAUUUGUUAGCUUCUCCCUUUUGAAGAAUAAUUUUCAACAAGAAGUUAACCUUUUACUGCAGUGGGAUAAAUCAAGGUCACACAGAAUGAUUCUUGGUAGUUUUAAACAAACCUACUUUGAAACAAAAGUAUACACUUCACACACAUGGUCCAAUUUGUAAGUCGCUCUGGAUAAGAGCGUCUGCUAAAUGACAUAAAUGUAAAUGUAAAUGUAAUGGUUAUGGGCUUAAAAAAAAGACACCUGUACCAUGUCAGAUAUAGAGUUUAAAUGUAUUCAAUUUUUUGUUUGCAUCCCAAUAUUACACUUUAUAUGCAUCACAGAAGACUGAAAUAUAACAAAACUGUUAGACAUAGAAACACUGGAUUUUAGUCAAAGAAAAAAGAAAAUAACAUUAUUAUAUUAACAUGAGUCCAAAGAGGGCGCUUUUGUUUAUGGACUGCAGGAAAGGGUUGUUUCAAAUUAUCAUCAUCUGGUGAGUGUGUUAUUUUUUUGUUUUUGCUCAAUCUGAUUGGGUGGGCCUACGCCCCUGAUGCAAACAGUUCAUGAUGACUGAAUUGCACAUCACAAAUAGUCCACUAACCAAGACUUCGGACCAAACUUUUUCAAUACCUGGUUUGAUUGUUGCCUUAGUUAGCAUUUACUGGUAGAUAUCAUACGUUGAAAUUUCUUUCCUACCGAUGACAUUCUUCUGUGAGCUGCUCCUCACAAAACCAGUUCAGAGCUUCGCUCUCUUGGUGCCUGCAGAUGAUAUUCCGUCGAAACUAGGCAAUGAGUGUAGCGCGCAUGUGUUGGCUACUUUGUGCAUGAUUUCACGAUUGUACUACAUAAUUGUUAAGUAGUAUACCUCAACUACAUUACUAAAGGCCUAGGUCCAAUAGGUUCGCCACUGCGCAAACAUCUCUAUAAUAGAUAUAGACUGUUCAGGUAUUAAUGUUUCACGAAAGGCGUGUAUAUAUUUGGCCUGGCGAAACGGUUUUAUGCGCUGAUAAUUGAGUUUUUUACACGGCUGGUCUCAGGAAGAAAUUACGAGUCCUCACUCUCCGAGACCGAGUCAAGACCAAGUACAAAUGUAUCCGACACCGAGACAAGACCGAGACACUCAAAAUGUGGUCUCGAGUACUACAACACUGCCUCACAAUCAUCACACAUAACAUAGUCGGCACUGCUAUCAUCCUCUUUUACCGCUCCACCAAAUCUUUAUAAAACAUACAUAUUUUGGCCCUCCCUUCUCUUUAUGUUCAAGUGUCCAUUUCACAGCUUUUCCCUUAUUGAAUUAAGCUCUGACAUUGUCAUUUUUGCCUCCGUGGAUUAAUGUUAAUUUUUUAUGCCCAUUCCCAAAAGCAUAUGGCGAUUUGCGUGUGGUCUAUUUGGCGCACGUACAGUUAGGCCCUAAAGUUUAGGCUUAUGCACUAAUGCCAGAUAGACUAAAAUGAUGAACGAAAAACUUCAAUGUAGCCUAUAGAUAUAAAUUGUAUAAGAAUUCUACAUUUAUGGAUUCUUAAAGGUAUUGUUUUCUCUUUAUUCAACCGCAAUAUGUCAUCACUAAUAUAGACACAGCGAUGGUGUGACAUUGUAUCAACGCAUAGAGAUUAGAACGCCUUCCAUUCUUCAGCCCAGUAAUGACUCAUCUGUGCAGUGUACGUCAGCCUCUGUUGUUCCUCUAUUCAUACACUCUUCCUGUUUCUACUGACAUUGUACCCUCAGUGUGUGUGUGUGUGUAUACAGGAUUCAGACCUGUGCAGUAGGCUUAUGACUCUUAGUUCCUGUAGUAGCUGUUUGUUGUUCCUGUCUUCCAGCAGUGGAAUCAGGUGGUUUAGCUACACUAGUGCACCCAUUGAAAAUUGGUUUAGUCUCACUGAUCUACCACAGGAAAGAACAGGGGUAUGGUUCCAAAUGGGCAUUGAGAGUGUUUUAAAGUAGUUUUGGACCUGUACCGUUUGAUCAGUAGUCCAUGUCCCUGCUGGACAGUGAAGACUGAGGGGACUGGAAGGGAAGUGCUGUCUGAGGGCAGGUGGGUCACAGACAGGGAAACAGCUGGACGAGCUGCAGGAUACAGUACUGCUGGAUGGAGGGCUGUGUGUACAUGUGUACAUGUGUACAUGUGUGUAUGUGUGUACUAGUGAUGUGCGGGUUGACUCAUAAAGAGAACAAUACCUUUAAAAAAUCCAUAAAUGUAUAAUUAUUGUGCUAUUUAUAGGCUACAUUGAGGUUUUUCUUUCAUUAUUUUAGGCUAUCUGGCAUUAGAGUGUAAGCUUUAGGGCAUAACUGUCCAUGCGCCAAAUGCUUUUGGGAACGGGCAUAAAAUGUAAUAAUAAAGAGAAGAAAAGUAAUGCUUUGGAAAGAUUUGGUGAAGUGGUAAAAGAGGAUGAUGAUGAUAAUUGUGAGGCGAUACAAAUUUGACAGUCACAAGACAGGGACUUAAAAAGGAAACUGAAAUCUGGACACUGACUAGGUGGGCUAAAUCAGGUGGGCUAAAUUAGGAUCACACUGAGUGUUUCUUGGUAGUCUUCAACAAAUCUACUUUCAAACAAAAGUAUAAAUGUAUUACAUUUUGAGUUUGCAUCCCAAUAUUACACUUUAAUAUGCAUCACAGAAUAAUAAAAUAAUAUUGUUAAAAAAACAUUUGACAUAGAAACACCGGAUUUUCGGCGUUUUAAAAUAAAAGUAUGAUUAUUAAUUAUGAAAUUAUGAAAAGUAUUAAUAACAUUCCAUCCAUAACUCCUGCAGAAUAAAACAUGUCUUGUAGUAAAAUGAUACACCAAAUGUAGGCAAAAUGUUUACUCUGGAACAGGAGUGGAAAAUAUGAUUUCUUUCUUUCAGCAUCUUGAGAGAAUGCAAAUGCGUAGUUAGAUACCAUCUGUAGAGGUGCUGUCUUUAUCAGCGUCAUAAAAGCUGAUAGUAUUUCAACCACACAAAACAUGCAUCCAAGCUGAACUGAAAUAUUUUCAGAAAUAUGUUGGGUCGUUUUCACAGCUUUCUAUUUCCUCAAACUGAAAACUGAAAUUUUGCACAGAACAUUUUUUUUUGUUAUUGCAUUUUAUCCCCUGUCCCUAAACAUCUUUGCUCCGUGAAAGAAGCAGAGAUGACAGAGAGAACUUGACCUAUGUCAACUAGGUUGAAGCAUUCAUUCUAUCAUUUCUGACAUUAUUCUGUUGAGCAAGGGUUUAUUUAGUCUUCUGGGGCAACAUAUAAUGACAGAAGAGAAGCUGCAUGUAUCUAAUUAUAGACAAGUUGAAUACCAAAAUGUCUGAAAUUAUAAGCAGAAACAUAUCUAAAACAGGCAAAAAAUUAUCCUGCACCCCCUGUCAAAAAAUUGUUUUACCAUCUCUGACUGUAGCCUACAGCACAUUUUCUAUAUUAGGGCCGGGUGCGGGCUCACCUGUGUACCAUUAAUGUGUAUGUGUGUGCGUGUGCAUUCAGAAGUAGGGCAGUAGGCGAUCUCUGGGGAGUGGGGCUCUACCUCUCCAGUCUUCCUCUCCUCCUGCUCCCCUCCACUAUCCUCCUCCCCCCUCUUUUCCUCCCCUCCUCCUCUGCCCUAUGCACUCACACUUCCUCUGCACAACUCACAGCAGCCCCAGAAGACAAGAGGAAGUUUUUGCAUCUCAACUGUUUUAUUUUUAACCCGUGCACAUACUCCGGUGCUGCCUUGCAGCCUCUGUCUCUCUCGCUCUCACAGCACUCACUAGUCAGUAUACCGCAGGCUUAACAGCCACUGAAUGUGCGCUCUCUUUUAUUCUCACCUCCUGUCUUCUCUUCUCCUGUCUUCUUUGGCUGGAAGUGUUUAUCAGUGGUGGUCUCUGACUUCAUUCUGUUCCCUUCCUCUGCUCUCACAGCCAGUCAGAAACCACGAAGGAGGGCUCACCACUCAACCAGCUCAGCAAGUCACCCCUCUGCAGUCCGGCUCACCGGGGCUACCAGAGCCAGUCAGAAUCCAAGCAGCAGGACAAUAACUCGGUGGAUUCAGGCUCUGUCCCGGGAACGCCACGGGAUGCCCACGAACAGGCGGCUAACGGGGUGCUAGCCCAAAUGGACAGAGCCAGGGACAGGGAGAGUCAGUCCCCCCUGAGAAAAGACACUGCCCUGGUGAAUGGGGACAUGGGAGAAGGGAGCACAGAGCAGAGUGGACAUUACUCCCCUCCUCCACACACAAAGACCCAUACUGGGGAGGACAGUGGACCUACAGGAGAAGACCCCCAACAUGAACAAAGGAAGGAGGAGGGCAUUGAGGAGCAGAACGUACCGGUAAGUGUCUGUGGGGGGGGGGAUGGGUGGUGUGUUUGUGUCUCUCUAACUCUGUUACUAUAAAGCUCUUAAACUGAGUGACCAUAUAGUUCAUGUCAGUAGUGUUGGUGUUAAUGCAAGUGUUUACCCUGGCAUCACUGUGUCACAUUUAUUUAUAUCCCCCAUGUCAGAUGUCUCAGGGCCUGUGCCCAUUAGAGCUAUGUGCUCUCUCAUCUGACUGACUUCACAGUCUACUGUAACAUCACAGCUCCUUUACUGCACAACACAUCAGACCAGACAUAGCCCCUUCUGCCAUGCCAGAGUGUAGCCUACUAGCCUUGUUCUCAGCAGUGUGUCUGGUUCUUAUUGACUGAGUCUGCUGGUCAUUUCCAUGUAGAAGCACCCAUGAGCACCAACAUGUGAAGUUCAUAGGAGCAUGUCAAAUCUGGUGUCAAAUGAAUAUACAUAUUUCAACUAUUUUAUAUCCUAAAUAUUAGGAAUAAGGAAAGUAUUUGAUUUCUGGUCAAAUAGAUGGAAAGAGGGUCUUAGAAAACAUCUAACUGAAAUGCAUCAAAACACAAUAAUUUUGAAGUAAAGGCCCCUGCCAACUAAUAUCAACACAUACAGUACCAGUCAAAAGUUUGGGCACGCCUACUCAUUCCAGGGUUUUUCUUUAUUUUUACUAUUUUCUACAUUGUAGAAUAAUAGUGAAGACAUCAAAACUAUGAAAUUACACAUAUGGAAUCAUGUAGUAACCAAAAAAGUGUUUUAAUAUAUUUUAUAUUUGAGAUUCUUCAAAGUAGCCACCCUUUGCCUUGAUGACAGCUUUGCACACUCUUUGCAUUCUCUCAACCAGCUUCAUGAGGUAGUCACCUGGAAUGCUUUUCAAUUAACAGGUGUGUCUUGUUAAAAGUUCAUUUGUGGAAUUUAUUUCCUUCUUAAAGCCAAUCAGUUGUGUUGUGACAAGGUAGGGUUGGUAUACAGAAGAUAGCCCUAUUUGGUAAAAUACCAAGUCCAUAUUAUGGCAAGAACAGCUAAAAUAAGCAAAGAGAAACGACAGUCCAUCAUUACUUUAAGACAUGAAGGUCAGUCAAUCUGGAACAUUUCAAGAACUUUGAAAGUUUCUUGAAGUGCAGUCGCAAAAACCAGCAAGCGCUAUGAUGAAACUGGCUCUCAUGAGGACCGCCACAGGAAAGGAAGACCCAGCGUUACCUCUGCUGCAGUGGAUAAGUUCAUUAGAGUUACCAGCCUCAGAAUUUGAAGCCCAAAUAAAUGCUUCACAGAGUUCAAGUAACAGACACAUCUCAACAUCAACUGUUCAGAGGAGACUGCGUGAAUCAGGUAUUCAUGGUCGAAGUGCUGCAAAGAAACCACUACUAAAGGACACCAAUAAUAAGAAGAGACUUGCUUGGCCAAGAAACAUGAGCAAUGGACAUUAGGUGGAAAUCUGUCCUUUGGUCUGAUGAGUCAAAUGUGAGAUUUUUGGUUCCAACCGCUGUGUCUUUGUGAAACACAGAGUAGGUGAACGGAUGAUCUCCACAUGUGUGGUUCACACCGUAAAGCAUGGAGGAGGAGGUGUUAUGGUGUGGGGGUGCUUUGCUGGUGACACUGUUUGUGAUUUAUUUAGAAUUCAAGGCACACUUAACCAGCCUGGCUACCACAGCAUUCUGCAGCGAUACGCCAUCCCAUCUGGUUUGCGCUUAGUGGAACUAUCAUUUGUUUUUCAACAGGACAAUGACCCAACAUACUCCAGGCUGUGUAAUGGUUAUUUGACCAAGAAGGAGAGUGAUGGAGUGCUGCAUUAGAUGACCUGGCCUCCACAAUCACCCGACCUCAACCCAAAUGAGAUGGUUUGGGAUGAGUUAGACCGCAGAGUGAAGGAAAAGCAGCCACCAAGUGCUCAGCAUAUGUGGGAACUGCUCAGACUGUUGGAAAAGCAUUCCAGGUGAAGCUUGUUGAGAGAAUGCCAAGAGUGUGCAAAGAAUAAUACCCAAAUAUGCAAAGGAGGAUAUUGCAUAUUUAUAUCUUUGUGUACCUAUUUAGGAUACAUCACCAUGAAGAGAAUGACAUUCAUAUCCACAAUUAUGCAUUUCUGUGUAGUACAGAUCAGGGACCCAUGAUGAAAUUCUGUUACCGCAAUUCUGUUACCAGGUGUAAAUCGACUUAACUGUAGUUAAAUAGCCAACAUAACAUUUUUCAAAGUCAAUGCAUCAUGUCAUAGCUGACACCCCAUUCUUUCUGCAGACAUCUUUGAAUGUUAAUUUUGAGCAGAUAUUUAACAAGAGUUCUUGGAAAAAGUGGUCACAUAAAACACUGAGGGAGAUUUGACUGAAAUUCUAUUACCACAUUUUGCAUGUGCACAGUUGUUCCAGUAAAUGUGUUUUUGUAAAAUGUUCAGUGUAAAUUGCUAAAAGUAGUAUUUGUUCAUAGAGUUGUAUGGAUUGCUAAACUUUGAAUUCAAUGGUUUUUGUUUUCCAUACAUUUUAUAGUGAAAAGGCAGAGUCUCAGCACAAUUCCGUUGCCCUGCUACUACAGGGGGUUAUUUUCGGGACUGGACUGAACAGUGUCAAACGCUUCAGCAGCUGAAGAAUUGAGUUUGCACCACAGUAGCCCUGUUGGAGGCCUUGCUGCUGCCUGGCCGGCUGGUAUUUAUAAUUAUCUGACUCUCAGAUUAGUGUGUUCACUCAGCAGUGAAUGAAACCCCCUACAGUGGCUUGCGAAAGUAUUCACCCCCAUUGGCAUUUUUCCUAUUUUGUUGCCUUACAACCUGGAAUUAAAAUAGAUUUAUGGGGGGUUUGUAUCAUUUGAUUUACACAACAUGCCUACCACUUUGAAGAUACAAAUAUUUUUUACUGUGAAACAAACAAGAAAUAAGACAAAAAAACAGUCUUUAAGUCAUACCACAGAUUCUCAAUUGGAUUGAGGUCUGGGCUUUGACUAGGCCAUUCCAAGACAUUUAAAUGUUUCCCCUUAAACCACACGAGUGUUGCUUUAGCAGUAUGCGUAGGGUCAUUGUCCUGCUGGAAGGUGAACCUCCGUCCCAGUCUCAAAUCUCUGGAAGACUGAAACAGGUUUCCCUCAAGAAUUUCCCUGUAUUUAGCGCCAUCCAUCAUUCCUUCAAUUCUGACCAGUUUCCCAGUCCCUGCCGAUGAAAAACAUCCCCACAGCAUGAUGCUGCCACCACCAUGCUUCACUGUGGGGAUGGUGUCCUCAGGGUGAUGAGAGGUGUUGGGUUUGCACCAGACAUAGCGUUUUCCUUGAUGGCCAAAAAGCUCAAUUUGUGUCUCAUCUGACCAGAGUACCUUCUUCCAUAUGUUUGGGGAGUCUCCCACAUGCCUUUUGGUGAACACCAACGUGUUUGCUUAUUUUUUUCUUUAAGCAAUGGCUUUUUUCUGGCCACUCUUCCGUAAAGCCCAGCUCUGUGGAGUGUACGGCUUAAAGUGGUCCUAUGGACAGAUACUCCAAUCUCCGCUGUGGAGCUUUGCAGCUCCUUCAGGGUUAUCUUUGGUCUCUUUGUUGCGUCUCUGAUUAAUGCCCACCUUGCCUGGUCCGUGACUUUUGGUGGGCGGCCCUCUCUUGGCAGGUUUGUUGUGGUGCCAUAUUCUUUCCAUAUUUUAAUAAUGGAUUUAAUGGUGCUCCGUGGGAUAUUCAAAGUUUCUGAUAUUUUUUUAUAUCCCAACCCUGAUCUGUACUUCUCCACAACUUUGUCCCUAACCUGUUUGGCGAGCUCCUUGGUCUUCAUGAUGCCACUUGCUUGGUGGUGCCCCUUGCUUAGUGGUGUUGCACUCUGGGGCCUUCAGAACAAGUGUUUGUAUAUAUACUGAGAUCAUAUGACAGAUCAUGUGACACUUAGAUUGCACACAGGUAGACUUUAACUAAUUAUGUGACUUCUGAAGGUAAUUGGUUGCACCAGAUCUUAUUUAGUGGCUUCAUAGCAAAGGGGGUGAAUACAUAUGCACACUCCACUUUUCCGUUAUUUAUUUUUUAGCAUUUUUGGAAACAAGUUAUUUUUUCCAUUUCACUUCACCAAUUUGGACUAUUUUGUGUAUGUCCAUUACAUGAAAUCCAAAUAAAAAUCCAUUUAAAUUACAGGUUGUAAUGCAACAAAAUAGGAAAAACGCCAAGGGGGAUGAAUACUUCUGCAAGGCACUGUAUCUCUACAUGGCACUGUAUGAGAGCUGGAGGGCUCUAGCUAGAGUGGCUCCUAAAUACCAUGCUUCAUGGCUUAUCAAUUUAUACUGUAUCUAUGUUGGUUACUUUACAUACUUAGCUAGCAGAGAGCAAAUAAGGUCAUGGACAGUAGCAAUUUUGUAUAUUUUUGAUGACCAUUACAUAUUGUAGACAGAGCUAAGGGGACAGUGUGUUUUGUCAGUUUCAGCAGACUGAGACAGAGAAAGUUUUGCACAUGGUUUUUCAAGGUGUGAAAUUCAGUUUGUUUGGAUAUGCUGCCAGUAAACACACUCAAAGUUACGGUUGACUAGUAACCAAAUGUACAGUCUGUGAAUUUUGGGUAGAAAGUUCAAGGAAGGACUGCUUUGGGGUAGAAUAGUUGUUAUACUCUUGGCAUCAAAUUCAGUAGAUGGCUUGAAUGUUAAAGUAACUGUCCAGUGAAAAUAUCACUUUUAAAAUACUCUGUUAACUCAUAACCAAAUAAUGUUGUUCACUCAUCUUAUACUCAUAUUUGUGGCCAAAGCAUACAUUUGAGAAAAAACACUUAAAAAACCCCACCUCAAACUUGUAUCUCAAAAAGACAAUUUCAAUAAUACAUAUGAGAAUAAAUAUUUGUACAGGAAGUAACACAGAGCAACAAAACAUUCCACUUGAACAAUACUUGUGGGAUACACACAAUCCAUCCAUAUCAGUGAAUAGAGGAAGCGAACAUUCAUUAAUUCUCUGCUCAGCUCUAACAAUCAGUUGGGAACAUAUUCCCUAGUUUCCUGAAGAAUCUUGAUUUCUGAGUACACUAUAUAUACAAAGGUAUGUAGACACGCCUUCAAAUUAGUGGAUUCGGCUAUUUCAGCAACACCCGUUGCUGACAGUUGUAUAAAAUCGAGCACACAGCCAUGAAAUCUCCAUAAACAAACAUUGGCAGUAGAAUGGCCUUACUGAAGAGCUCACUAACUUUCAACAUGGUACCGUCAUAGGAUGCCACCUUUCCAACAAGUCAGUUCGUCAACUUUCUGCCCUGCUAGAGCUGCCCUGGUCAACUGUAAGUGCUGUUAUUGUGAAGUGGAAACGUCUAGGAGCAACAACGGCUCAAAGUGAAGUGGUAGGCCACACAAGCUCACAGAACGGUACCGGCAAGUGCUGAAGCGCGUAGUGUGUAAAAAUCGUCGGUCCUCGGUUGCAACACUCACUACCGAGUUCCAAACUGCCUGGAAGCAACGUCAGCACAAGAACAGUUCAUCUGGAGCUUCACGAAAUGGGUUUCAAUGGCCGAGCAGCCACACACAAGCCUAAGAUCACCAUGCGCAAUGCCAAGCGUCAGCUGGAGUGGUGUAAAGCUUGCCACCAUUGGACUCUGGAGCAGUGGAAACACAUUCUCUGGAGUGAUGAAUCACGCUUCACCAUCUGGCAGUCCGAUGGCCGAAUCUGGGUUUGGCGGAUGCCAGGAGAACGCUACCUGCCCGAAUGCAUAGUUACAACUGUUAGGUUUGGUGGAGGAGGAAUAAUGGUCUGGGGCUGUUUUUCAUGGUUCGGGCUAGGCCUCUUAGUUUCAGUGAAGGGAAAUCUUAACAUUACAGCAUACAAUGACAUUUUAGACGAUUCUGUGCAUAUUCGCCCAACAUCAGUGUCCGACCUCACUAAUGCUCUUGUGGCUGAAUGAAAGCAAGUCCCCACUGCAAUGUUCCAACAUCUAGUGGAAAGCCUUCCCAGAAGAGUGGAGGCUGUUAUAGCAACAAGGGGGGGGGGGGGGCAACUCCAUAUUAAUGCCCAUGAUGUUGGAAUGUUCGACGAACAGGUGUCCACAUACUUUUGUUCAUGUAGUGUAUGUGGGAGACAUUCGUCAGACUGUGUUUUAUAAACUGUACUGUUACAUAUUGAGUGGUUUCUCUCACACAAAGCACUCACAUAGUCAAUAGCAGUUCUCUCUUUGUUCAUUGGUGUCAUUUCCCUUCUAGCCUUUCAUUUCCUCUCCUGAUAGGCUCCACCACACCAUAGUCUCACACACAGUCUUGCGCAGCUAACCUUGUUGGGACAUACAAUUCAGUCCCAUUCAAAAUCCUAUUUUCCCUAAACUCCAACCCUAACCCUAAACCGUACCCUUACCUUAACCCAAAAACCAAACCUUAUUUUAUUUAUUUAUUUCACCUUUAUUUAACCAGGUAAGCCAGUUGAGAACAAGUUCUCAUUUACAACUGCGACCUGGCCAAGAUAAAGCAAAGCAGUGCGAUAAAAACAACAACACAGAGUUACAUAUGGGGUAAAAAAACAAAGUCAAAAAUACAACAGAAAAUAUAUAUACAGUGUGUGCAAAUGUAGUAAGUUAUGGAGGUAAGGCAAUAAAUAGGCUAUAGUGCAAAAUAAUUACAAUUAGUAUUAACACUGGAAUGCUAGAUGUGCAAGAGAUUAUGUGCAAAUAGAGAUACUGGGGUGCAAAAGAGCAAAAUAAAUAACAAUAUAGGGAUGAGGUAGUUGGGUGGGCUAAUAACCCUAACCCUAACCCUAUCUCCUAACCCUAAACCUAAUUCUAACCCUAUUUCUAACCUUAACCCUAAACCCCCUAGAAAUAGCAUUUUACCUUGUGGGGACCAACAAAAUGUCCCCAGUUGGUCAAAUUUUUCUUGGUAUACUAUUCUUGUGGGGACUUCUGGUCCCCACAAGUAUAGUUAAAUACGUCCAUAAACGCGCGCACACACACACACUCCGCAAUAUCCCAAUACACACAGGCACACAUACUACAGUAUGCCCAAACAUCACUCCUCAAUUAAAAGGAAUGAAUGAGUCCUUAAUUAAAAGGAACAUAGAACAUAGUUGAAGCACAAAUGUUUAUUUAAAGUGAUACUGUUGUAGAUCUCUAUGGGGAAGUGUGUUGGCCAGUAAGGUCUGGCCAGUGUUCACACACAGUAGUGCUUUGUCAAGGUCUCCUUCUUGCACCACUAUCACCACAAGAGUCCUGUGUGCUUGUGUUUGUAUUUGUGUGUGUGUGUGUGACUGGUAAACUAAAAAAUAAAAAAAAAUAAGAUAUUGUAAAGUGGUUAUCCCACUGGCUAUAGGGUGAAUGCACCUAUUUGUAAGUCGCUCUGGAUAAGAGCGUCUGCUAAAUGAUGUAAAUGUAAAUGUAAACUCAUAGCUAUACUUGCAAUCACUGCCAGGUAUUGUGGUGCAAUAAUUUCCAUGGUAAUAUAGAAUGUUCAUUCAAAUGAUGCUAACUGAUGUGGCUCAUGUAAUGUCAGAUGUGUUGAAUCAACAAAUCACAGCACAUAUUGAUGGGUACACUUCCUACUUUUACUCCCUGCUUUGCUCCUAUGGGUACACUCGCAAUGGCCGCCAGUCCCUCCAUUAUGCCAUCGUUGACUUUAAUGAGGCCGCCCGUUCUAUUUCUAUGGCAGUAUGCGGAGGCCGCGGUAAUUUGGCUGGCCAUUUACCGUCAUCCAAAAUUCCAUGACUGUCACAGCCCUAAUGGGAACCUAGCGCAGCAUGGGAAUCGAGCACAUGAGGACAAUGUGGGAGUAAAAUAUGAAUUACACUGUGGGCGUAACCUUCAGGCUCAGAGUUCAACUUCUUCUUCACUAUACUCCCAAUUGUCUAACCUGUCUUUGAACUGUCUUUGUCCAUUAUUCUUUUGCGAGAGGCCUUUUUGACCUCCUCUAGUUAUAGGAACAUCAUCUAUGUACAUACUGUAUGCAUUUCCCCAAAUCAUCCCACAGCCACCUGACAUAGCUCUCUCUUCUGUGUUGCAGGAGACCAAUGAACAGAAGCUGUACAAGAUCGCUAAUGAGCUCCUGAAGACAGAGAGGGCCUACGUCACACGGCUCAAGCUGCUGGACCAGGUGAGUGUGUCCCGCUGUCUGUCCAGGGUCCUGUCACUUUAGGGUCCUGUUCAGUAGGUAGAAAACAUUUUGUAACUGUGACAAACAAGGAGGUAUUACCUAAACUUGUCCAAUAACAGAAUGUGUUGAUACGGUGUGUCUUACUGAACACUGACCCAGGUCUACCUCAGAAUGAAAAGAAGGCUGUGUUCAUUAUUAUGAUCGAUUCAGUGUGGUUUAACUCACCUGGCCAUGUUGUUGUGCCACCAUGCAGGUGUUCUGUGCCAAGCUGAUGGAGGAAGCUCUGAAGGGCACGUUCCCCGUGGACGUGGUGAAGAACAUCUUCUCCAACAUCUCCUCCAUCAACACCUUUCACAACCAGUUCCUCCUGCCUGACCUGGAGAAACGCAUGGGAGAAUGGUGAGCUUCACAUGACUAGCCAUUGGCCACAGAUUCAGUGCACAAACUCACAGAUCUCACCUUUGAGAAUGCAUGAAAAUACGAUAAAAGGCAAUAGCUAAAUUACAAUUCAGACUGACUCAUUCAGAAUCAGACUCACUCAGACACAAUUACAGUAUAUUUUUUUUACUUCGAUUUUUGGUGGAGAUUGAGAGGUGAAUCCAACAUAUAAAUAAUUAAUUUGUAGACAAAACUGGAAUUAAAGAUAGACUAAGUCAGUGGCACAGAUUGAACGAGCCAAGCAGAAGAUACAUCUCCUCAAAUGGUGACAUUUGGUUGCGUUGACAACUAAACACAAUUCCAUACCACCUAAAUAUCCUCAUUACAAUUGAAAUCAACCAAAGCUUGAAACCCUAGGCCUAUUGUAUUGUCUGUUUUUAGUUUAAUUCUGGGUUGAAUUGAAACAAUAGCUGUGCAAAUGCUAUAAUGAUUGAUAAAGUAUGGUCACAUUUAAUUUGCUCUGUUAAACCUACCCUUUGGAAUGGCUUUGAUACCAACAGUUAAAGCUGCAAUAUGUAACUUUUUGGGCGACCCGCCCAAAUUCACAUAGAAAUGUGUAUUAUAGAUCUGUCGUUCUCAUUGAACGCAAGUCUAAGAAGCGGUAGAUCUGUUAUGUGCACUAUUUCUAUGCUUCCCGUUCUUAAGUUACAUUUUUACGUCUUUUGCUUUCGGGUUUGUUCACCAGCUUCAAACAGCUGAAAAUACAAUAUUCUUUGGUUAUGGAAAAUAUAUUUCACAGAGUUUUAGAUGGUACAAUGAUUCUCUACACUAUACUUGCUUAUUUUGUCACUUAAACUGAAAUUAAGCAAACUAUUAAAAUUUUAGCAUCCAGGAAAUGGCAGAGUAACCAGUAUUUCAUUUUUAAGUGGAGAUCUCUCAACAAUCAAUUCUCAAGAUAGCACAUUGGUAAUAGUCAGUGACAAAUAUCAUAGCUAAACAGGGCUGGACUUGGUUAAAACCCUGGAUGGGAGAGCAACGGGAUAGCUGUAGAUAGAUCCAGCCUUUUGUUAUUUUUUCUGAUAGUGGAUAUAAUGUUGAAGAUCUGACAUUGUUUUGAAGGUACAAAUUCAAUAUAUUUUAUACAAGGUUUGUCUAUGUUAAAAUUUGGUUCACUCUCUAAACAACAGUUUACAUUGAUGACUUUUUUCAAAUCCAAUGUAUUUUCCACGUAGAUUCCACGUCACAAUACGUUGACAAAUUAUGUUAAAACAAUGUUGAUUCAACCAGUUUGUGCCCAGUGGGUCUCUACUUGGUGGAGUUCCAGGGUUGAGGGAUGGUUACCUUAUGGUCCCUAUCUAACUGGCACCCCCCCCCCUCCCUCUCUACAGGGAGUCUACCCCUCGCUUGGGGGACAUCCUGCAGAAUCUCACGCCCUUCCUGAAGAUGUAUGCUGAGUAUGUGAAGAACUUUGACAAGGCCAUGGAGCUGCUGAAACAGUGGACAGACCGCUCGCCACAGUUCAAAGCCAUCAUCCAGGACAUACAGGUACUAGUGUAGAUUCUAAACAUUGGUCUGAUUCAGAAGUGCACAGGUCUGCAGUUGUGAAUUAACAAAUUAGUUGUAUAGGAAUUAUAUAAUUCCAUAUAAAUUCUAGGAAUUACAUGAUCUGAGUUUUGAACUAUAGCACCGCAAUCAUUUACCUGUGGAUAUACAUAUAUUUGCUGCGAGCCGAGGACUCUCAUUUGGUUUACUAGGAGAAAGCCUCAAAAUCUAUCUAUCUGAAUAUUGAUUUGUACUAUAAAUAGUCAUGGAACAAUCAAUGAAUUUACGGUUGUGUCCACUGAUCCUGUUGAAUGGAUAUGCCUCAAACAAUUUGUGUGGCUUUACUUUUAAGUCUUCAACCUUUAAGUGACAGUGGACUAUUUUGCCGUGUGUUUGUCAGAGUCAGGAGGCAUGUGGCAGUCUGACGCUCCAACACCACAUGUUGGAGCCGGUACAGAGAGUUCCCCGCUACGAGAUGCUGCUCAAAGACUACCUGAAGAAACUGCCUCAGGACGACCCCGACCGCCGAGAUGCAGAGAGUGAGUACAACACUGGAAAUCCACAGGAGUGCUUUUUACUAUUCAUAGUCGAACACAGUAGAGCAGGAGUCCAUGUAACUCAUUUCGACAGACUUUCUUGACAUUAUAAUCAUGUAUAAUUUACUUCACAUAAAAAAUGUAAGACAUUCGAAUCCUCCAGUGCCCAGUAAAAACAUUUGCCUUACGUUGAAAAUAAAAUAAACUGUUGUUCACAAUUGUAGAAAUUUUUUAUUACAACGGUCAAAGUUAAUCAUCCCUUCAUUCUGUGUUUCUCAGAGUCAUUGGACAUCAUUGCCAUGGCAGCCACACACUCCAACAGUGCCAUUCGAAAAUCUGUGAGUACAGUCCCACUGAUCGGACACCACUCUUAUAAUCUGAAAUCAAAUUGGGGCCCGUAUUCAAAAAGCUUGUCAGAGUAGGAGUGCUGAUCUAGGAUAAGUUUUGUCUUUAAGAUUUUAAUGAAUAAGACUACAUGGACAGGGGGGACCUGAUUUUAGAUCAGCACUCCUACUCUGAGAAGCUUUUUUGGCUAGUGCAAGAACCCAACCAAACUUUUUGAACCCCUUCCCUUCUCAGGAGAAUCUGAAGAAGCUGCUGGAGAUCUAUGAGAUGCUGGGGGAGGAGGAGGACAUCGUCAACGCCGCCAAUGAGUUCAUCAAGGAGGGACACAUCCUGAAGCUGGCUGCCAGGAACACCUCAGCUAUGGAGAGAUACCUCUUCCUGGUGAGAAACUCACACAGACACACACAUGCAUGCGAGCACGCAAACAUACAUAUACAUGCAUACACACACACAUUUCACUUUAUCAGUAUACUCAACUAAGUGGAGUCUGGAGCAAUAUAUAGCAAAACAAGCAUUAAUCACAGGUGUUUCUUUGUUUCCCCCUCAGUUCAACAACAUGCUGUUGUACUGCGUGCCCAAAUUCAGCCUGGGAGGGCCCAAGUACACAGUGCGCACCCGCAUCGGCAUCGAGGGCAUGAAGGUGCUGGAGACCAUCAACGAGGACUACCCUCACACCUUCCAGGUGUCUGGCAAGGAGAGGACUCUGGAGCUGCAAGCCAGGCAAGAUCUCAAUCCACCCCAUACUACACCCUUAAUACACCCUAUAGAGCCAUACAUAGAUAUCUGCCAUAGUUCUCAAGAUAAGUGUUCUACUCCACCCUAUGGCCAUAUGUAUAAAAACUAUUUACAGCCAUGAUUUUCAAAAUAGCUGUUAACUGUAUUCUACAAUCCCAUGGCCUAUUGCUAACAAUAUGGAUAACUUUACCACCCAAAUUCUCUGCAAACCCUAUGGGGGCUUAGUGUAUGAUAAGUGCACUACUACAGCUCAUGAUAAUAUAAUAUGCCAUUUAGCAGACGCUUUUAUCCAAAGCGACUUACAGUCAUGUGUGCAUACAUUUUUACGUAUGGGUGGUCCCGGGGAUCGAACCCACUACCCUGGCGUUACAAGCGCCAUGCUCUACCAAUUGAGCUACAGAGGACCACAUAAACAGUAGCGUAACAUAACAUUCUAUAGAUCAGAGUCAUUGUGGUUACCCCAACCCACAGCUCAGCUCACUACAUAGCAGUUACACCACAAUCCCACAAUUGACAAAAUAACUCACUACGGUUGUUGUUUUUCUUUUUCAGCUCUGAACAAGACAAGGACAAUUGGAUAAAGGUACAUAAUGACAUUCUUUUUGGUUUACACUAUCUUAUAGUUAUAUUUCCUGUGUGCUCAGUAGAUUUGGGUGUGUAUUACUGACAAUGUCUCUGUCUGUGUAUGUGUGGCCUGCAGGCUUUCCAGGAAACCAUUGAGAUCUUCCAUCAGAAGAACGAGACGUUCAAGUCAGCCUCCAAAGACGUGGAGGAAGUGUCAGUGAGUGUCACCACAAUGAACAUGACCUCUGACUCCUCUAUCACUAGGUCCUGUCUCUGUGCCAAUGACCUUCUCGUGUCUGAGCUACAUGUGUUUGUAUGUAUUGUAAUCUAGACGGCAGAGCUGGGGAAACGUGCCCCUCGCUGGAUUCGGGACAACGAGGUGACAAUGUGUAUGAAGUGUAAAGAGCCCUUCAAUGCGUUGACACGACGGAGACACCACUGUCGAGCCUGCGGAUAUGUGAGUGAGAAGCGUCCGUUCGACACCAUUCUCUCUCUCAGCACCCAUUAUAACAUGUCUAUACUAUAUGCUAUACUCAACCCAUUUGACGGCUGGCGGUUUGGCUAAUUUACCCUGUAUGUCAUUCAUUCAGGAUUAGACUGAUGUUUCUUCUGUCCCUGUAUCAGGUUGUGUGUUGGAAGUGCUCAGACAAUAAAGUGGCCCUGGAGUACGACAGCAACAAGAUUAACAAGGUGUGUAAGGACUGCUACUCCAUCCUGACUGGAGAGGAGAAGGCAGAGGGCAAGAAGAAGGGCAUUCUGGAGGUAAGGGGAACACAGACACACACGCACACCUGCGUCUGCAUAUCUUCUGUGUCUAAACAGCACUCCUCUGUCAACAGAUUGAGGCGGCCCAGUUCUCCGGCAGCAGCAUCAUGUGUGGUUUCCUGCAGCACUGUGAGAAGAACAAGCCCUGGGGGAAGGUGUGGUGUGUCAUCCCAGAGAAGGAGGCAUUGGUGCUCUACCUCUAUGGAGCUCCACAGGUCAGCCACGUCAUCUGGAUACUGUCAAUCACAACAACAUGCUCUACCACUGUGAAACACAUGGUGUUAUGAAUGGUUCCAGGAGUUUUUCCCUCACUCUUUGAUCUGUCUAGGGAAAACUCCUGGCCCUAGUUAUGAUAUAAAUUAUCUCUCAUGGCCUACCGUUCCAUCUCCUCCCCUCUCUCAGGAUGUGAAGGCCCAGUCUACUAUCCCUCUGCUGGGCUACUCUGUGGAGGACAGCCCCCGGCCUGCCGACCCUCCAGCCAGCUUCCGUCUGUCCCAGUCAAAGUCUGUCCACAGCUUCGUGGCCGAGAGCGAAGAGCUGAAACAGCGCUGGCUCAAGGUGAUCCGGGUGGCUGUGACUGGGGAGGUGCCCGAGUCCCAGACGCCCAACGAUGCCAACGCCACGGACGCCCAAGAGACAAGCUCAGACAGUACCUAAUUGUGUGGUGUGGCAUUUAACAGCUGAGGGCCGCCAGAGACGUAUGUGCAUUUAUGCACACACACACACUCCAAUGCUACCUUCAUGGACACACACAAGAACAAUGUGCAAACUCAGUGCUGGAUAAGCUGCCUUUCCUUGCCAAUCCCCACCUCUCCUCCCAAGAGUGGAUUCUACCAAUCUUAAACAAGGGUUUGGCUUGGCUCUACCACCAGAGCUGUGCUGGAAUGGGAAGAACACAAUCCAGUCCAAUCAUC